AUCGCUCUGACGUCACUGGCAGGAGCUGUCCACGCAGCGGUGGUGCUGAGGCUGAACAAGAUGGCUGUGUGUAGGGGAGCGGAGAGCUGAGAGAGAGAAGAGGAGAGGACAGUCUCAAUUGGAGCCGACACGUCGAAAAAAAGGAAAGAGAGGACUGCGACGCACUCUUCGAAGAUUUUUUAUUUUUGUGAAGCAUUAACGAGCACUUCCAAGCCCCGGCUCUGUUAGCGACUGCAAGCUUUUCCAUCCCCGACCCGGAGAAUCACUCCCCAGCUGUGCACUGAUUAGUUCAAUUACGGAAGCUGGUGAAGGAGCUGGACCCGGUACUAAAGGCGCUUUAAAGAAAUGUCAUUGCUGUGUGUUGGAGGUAAGAGGAAAAACUCACAUUCAGUGUCUUGUCACGACUAAUUGUCCACCUCUUCUACCUGUACUGUGGUGUGAGUGGCUUAAAUCGCUCCAAAUCUCGUAACAUAUCAGGGAAAAGGCUGGGCGAAAAAUGAUCCAUGCAUCUUUAUUGUAAAGCAAUGCUACUCGUAAAUUGUUUUUGUGUUUUGCUAAGGUUAAAAGUAUUAUUUUGAUGCAAAUCUGGUUGAGAAGACUAUCGUCAUCUCUUAUUUUUAUUUUUAAUUAUUUUUACAUUGUCUAACCCUGAAUGAACCCCUCCCUUUAUUACCUUAGACUGUGAUACAAAUAACCAACAUCUGACAAAAUCUGGCUCUGCUACCGGAUCGAUUUAUGGAGUAGGUGUACGCACCCUGGCAGCCGCUGUCAAACAUAGUAAAACAAGGUGUAAUGCCAUCGCAAUCCGCCCCUCUGUUGCAGAAGCCAAGUGAUCAAUGCAAGGGAGAAAAACGAUCACAAAUCAUCUUCAGGGCUGAAAUUUCAUCUCUGAAUUUAGGCGUAACCGUGCGGAGCUGUAGGUUGACGAGUUUCUUUACAGUAAGAAACUGAGACACGUGAUUGGUUGCUGUAUGUCUUAAACCUUCCUCGUUUUGAUUGAGGGACGUGAUGACAACCUCAACCUGUUCAGUCUUGCUUUCGACAAAAUAGACUGACCUUUCCUUAUAACGUUUCCUUUCUAUGACUGCUUGUUAUUAAUAAAUAGUUGGACUUCGAUCAGGAGGUCAAGACUUAGGACUUCUCUUUUGACAAACUAGUCCUUUGCUAUGACUUGUCUUGCAUGGCACAGCUGUCAGAGAGUAAACUGGGUGGGUCAAUUGUGCACUGGAAGUUAACAGUAUCUAAAGAAAACAGUCAUUCAUUUCAAUCCUUGAAAUUACUUUUAAGUUGAUGAUUCAUAUUUAUUGUAGUAUCUCUUUGGCUAGGAGAAAUUCAUAUUUUUCGUUUGCAAUUCAGAACCUGGAGACACCAAUUUGACACGUUUGAAAAAUUGGCAGGCUUGUAAAGGAGUUUAUUCAUUCGCCCUCAACAGAUAUAAACUCACCUGUAGCCCUUUUAAACCCUCACUGAACUGGCUGGGGUUUCCCAGGUUGUGAAAAUAAACAAUAGCUCUACAUUAUCUAAAGAAACUUUGGUAACACUUUACUUGUUGCCUAUCUCUGUAACGCAUUAUAAAUAUAUUAAAAUGUGUAAUAAUCACGUUAUAGCACUGUAUAACUGUAGUUAUAAACACUCAUUAAUUAUCAUAAUACUUUAAAGCAAUAAUCAUAACACAUUAUAAAGCAUUUUAUCAUGACUUACAAGGUGAGGUAUUAUAAUGGGUUAUAAUGGGUUAUAACUGUUAACAACAGUUGCAUUGCAUUAUCUAUGUGGGCAUUGUCAGUGAGUUGUUAACAGUUAUUACACAUUAUCAUACCUGACCUUGUAAGUCAUGAUAAAAUGCUUUGUAAUGUGUUAUGAUUAUUGCUAUAAAGCAUUAUGAUAAUUUAUGAGUGUUUAUAAUUAUAGUUAUACAGUGCUAUAAAGUGAUUAUAAUGCAUUAUACAUAUACUUAUAAUGAGUUAUAGAAAUAGGUGUCAAAUAAAGGGUUACCGAAACUUCAAGUAGCAGCAUGUAGUGUGAGAAUCUGUAUCCAGUUUCAUUCAAUCAAUCACAUCAGCAAAGGAGACAAUCCCUCCAAAAUUUCCAGUUUCUCUGAGAGGUUGGAGAUGCCUGUCAUGUUUAUAAAGACGCUGCUGUAUUCUUGACAGCAGUGCUGCUUUGGCUGAUUGCACAGAUGUCAGGAUUGAGAUUCAGGCUUGUUGGCGGUCCCUUUAUGUCCCGAAGCUUUGUUGGCAUAGUAACCCCAAUGGUAUUUUAGGUCUCCACUGGCAUUUUCUCAAUAGUUCCUACACACUCCGUUAUGGGCCUGCAGCUUUGUUUAUAUUGAUAUUACACUAUUUCACACAGGCUGAAAAAUGGGGAGGCAGGAGUCUUUUUGUAAAUAACUCUUGUAUGUAUUGUGGCAUUGUCUAAUGCAUGGGUGUGUGAAUACUCUACUUUUAUGUCACACAUUGUUUGAUGUUUAUUUGAAAUGGUAGUCUGUGCUACAAAACCUGAAUAAUCAUAGUCACAUAGGGGCUGAUCUUUUCCUAUCACCAUUUUCAGCAAGAUGCUAAUCCAGAAUUUUGAGCUUUAGAUCAGAGACAUUCUUAUUUGUCUCACCCCGAUUCAUUGAGGCAACUUCCAUAUCUGCAGGGACUAUUUACACAAGUAUGCAGGUCAUUAGUGAAGAAUAUCUCGCAAACACAGUCAGGAAGUCCAACUUCACAAAUGAUAAUAAUUGAGCGCAAGGCUGACCUUGGCUGGAUCUGUGUCUUAUUACCAUUUCAAACACUCUGCUGCCUCAAUGUAAUCAUGCCAUGGGUAAACAGCAGUGUGGGAGUAGGUACUGGCAAAAAAUCUGUUGUGUAUACAAAAGACAGGUAGGUAACUAAGUUUCAUAUUGUGUGGUUAAUGGCUCCAACAAUAGAUAUACUGUAACACCAUGGAGACAUUACCAAAUACUGUGUAAAGACUCAAUGCUUUCAUUGACUUUUUAUUGCACCUGUAUGUUGAUUAUUUUGUAAGAAAGAGACCCCUGUGUUUCAUUUAGCAUAUGCUUAUGACAUGCAUACUCCAAUCAUUAUUAUUUUUCAUUCAUUCCCAAAGGUUAACUGUAGGUGUGUGAAUGAAUACAGCACAGGGACAUGCUUUUCACAGCAAAAUCUUUCUAUUUUUCUUCACUGCAGUCCCUGUCUGCAGAUUUGUAUUGUUGUUCCUGGUGACAGUGUAAGAGUGGGCUCUGUGAAAGCAUUAGGUUGGAAAGCCUCAGGUAAUAAAAAGCCCCUUUAGCUUCCUUGAACGGGGCACAAUUGAAUGUGUUUGUCAAAUUUUCCUCUGCAAAGAAGGAGAAAAUGACAUCCUGUAAUUGCCGUGGCAGGCUCGCAACAUUUUCUCUUGAGAGUUAGCAGAAAAUAUCAAAUGCACCGGCUUUUCCCCCCCAACUACUCCCCUUUUUUUUUCUUGCUGCAACUGCAGAAAUGUUGGUUUAGUCUUAUGCCUGUGAGCUCCCCCCUACACACACACACACACCCCUUUCCAGCACCCCCCACCCCCCUGUCACACUGAAAUGGUUAUUUUUAGUGUUGGGGAUGCAGCUCGCUCAGCCCACAUCCGGCUGCACAGAGAGAUUAAUGGAGCACGAGAGAAAGAGAUAGAAAGGGAGCACACGUGCAUCCUCGCCACAUGGCAGGGGAAGCUUGUCAGAGCGAGUCAUUGACUGAGAGGCAGAGAGAGGACCAAUGACUGACUGACGGGUUUUGUAUGUGGGAGGAGGAGUUUUGGUGAAAGUGCAGUUAAGGUGCAUCUGUCAUUUGAUGGCAAUUUAAGCAAAAAAAAAACAAAAGAUUUGAUCCAUUUUGCUCAAAUGUAGGUUUACUGCUUCCCUUCCAUAUUUAUUGAGCAUAUGUGCCUACUCAGCCAAUAACAUUACAGUGAAGGGAUUUUACCAUGAAGAUUGCUAAGAGGAACAUUACUCUCAAGACCACUGAUUCCAGCACUUAUUUUACAGAUCAGACUGAUAUCUGAGAAAAAAACAAUGCCAGGUUUGUAGGGGUGAUGCUUUUUGGGGAGACACUUUGUACACAAUCAUGAUGAUAACACUUUACUUAACACCUAUCUCUAAAAUGCAUUAUGAAUAUAUUUUUAAUGCAUUAUAAUCGCAUUAUAGCACUGUAUAACUAUAGUUAUAAAAACUCAUAAAUGAUCAUAAUGCUUUAUAGAAAUAAUCAUAACACAUUACAAAGCAUUUAAUCAUGACUUACAAGGUCAGGUAUUAUAAUGUGUUAUAACUGUUAACAACCCACUGACAAUGCCCACAUGGAUAAUGCAUUAUACACAUAUUUAUGAUGUGUUAAAGAUUUGCUUAUAAACUUGUAUAACUAUCAUCAUAAACACUCUUUAAUUAUCAUAAGGCUUUAUAACAAUAAUCAUAACCCAUUAUAAUAUCUGACCUUGUAAGUCAUGAUAAAAUGCUUUUUAAUGUGUUGUGAUUAUUGUUAUUAAACACUAUGAUCAUUUAUGAGUGUUUAUAACUAUAGUUAUACAAUGCUAUAACAUGAUUGUAAUGCAUUAUACAUAUAUUUAUAAUGCGUUAUAGAGAUAGGCGUCAAAUAAAGUGUUACCAUGAUGAUUAAUAUUGUUCUCCUGUCUUCAACCAACAACACAUCUCAGACUGUGUCUCUUUAUCAGCAUUACUUUUUCAUGUCUUGUGUUUGUGCUUCUCUGGAUUGAAUAAGAAGUACUGUUCAUUUAUUUAGAUUUUUUCUAUUUUUGAUUUGGACUCUAGGUCAUGAAUUAUAAAGCCAUUCUUCUUGCAGUCUAGCCAACAAACUCAAGGAAUGUUAAGGUUGCUUGUUGUUGAGAUGCAGUUAGUUUGAUAUUCAAUGAGUCUUUUUUAUUUUUUUUUUCCUGAAAUGAAACAUCAGAGAAAAGAGGCAAUCAGCAGGGAUUAAAAAACACAGCUCUGAAUAUUAAAACCUCACCGCUGAACAUGGGGAUGCUGGGUAACAGCGGGGUGCCGGAUUGAAUGAAUAAUGAAUAAGCUUUUGACGUCACUGUGGUUUUAAAAAGUCAGUCUUGUACUCCAGAGGUCCCUGUGCAGAGGAGCUGUCUGUAGCAUCUUAGCGGGGCUCCAGCCAUCGAGUAGAACAAAUAGCAACGCUUUGUCUUUUACCCACCAUGCCCUAUUUUUAAACAUGCCAGCAUAGACGCACUUUAAUUAUUAUGAGAUGACAAGGCAAAUGCCUGCUCCCUUACCUGGCAUCACCCUCUGCUCUCACCUGCAGUAACUGGCCUUCUGGCACUAUGACUCAGAGAUCCUGACAGUACCUGCUGAAAGAAUACAGUCCUUCAUAUAGAGAUGGUGGCAACCUGCCCAAAGAGGAUGGGAAAGUCCUAACUCGAACAGAGCAAAAAUAAUGCUAGGCUUCUGUCAAUCACCAGCCGACCAUCCCUCCAUUAACAUGAGUGACAGACAGAUCCCUGCAGGGGAGGAAAGAAGAGACUUAAUAUACCAGCUGAAUGUUAUAUGCAGCAUGAAAAUAUCAAAUCUUCACAACAUGAAGGCUCAGCUUUUCAGUAGUUGGACUAAUUUCUUGUUUGUUUUCUCAUUUGUUUGCAGUGAAGAAAGCCAAGCUUGAUGGACCCCAAGGUGAGUUGUAUGCUGCUGACAUUAUUCAUUUCAUUUGUCCCUUAUUUUUACCAAGAGAUGUGAGAUAAAGACAGUUAGAGAACUGUGUCUCAUGGCACUGCUGUUUUGCUUUUUGCAGAGAAAUUUAACACAUACGUGACCCUGAAGGUGCAGAAUGUCAAGAGCACAACUAUUGCCGUGCGCGGCAGUCAGCCGUGCUGGGAGCAGGAUUUCAUGUUGUGAGUGCCUUUCUACUUUUCUUGCAUCUUAUUCCUCUUUUUAUUUCACCCUUCCUUCUUCUCUGUUAACCUGUCUCUUCCUCUGCAGAACUGCCAGUACAAUGAUAUUUGAUUGGGGGACUGUCUUUGCAGCUCAUUUCUCACCAUAUCUAGAAGACAUCCACGUGUCUUCUUCUUUUCCCACUUUUUCCACCCUCUUUGUUUCCCCAUCUGUAGUCUAAUGAGCCUUUUCUCUCUUCUCGUGCUCUUAGACCUGCAAAACCAUGGUGGUGGUUGUGUGGGUAAAUCACUGAUCCUGUCAUAUCAGCCGUAUUAAAGUGAGGCUUAAAGGCAAACAACUGAACACAAGAAAGGAACUAAAAGACUAAUUCAUUGAAGGUUUUAGUUAAUCCCAGAGUUUUUAGUCAAAAAAGGGGUGCUGGUUUGAUCUGGAGGUUAAAGUACGUGCCCCGUACAGAGGCCAAAGCCCUUGUUAUGAUAGUCUUUCCCCUUUCUCGACUCCUGACAUUUCUUGUCUGUCCUCAGCCAUCUGAUGGAAUAUAGGUCAGAAUGCUAAAGAGAGUAUAAGACAUGUAAUUAAUUGAUUUGGGUUUUAUGACUUGAAGUUUUCAAAUUGUAAACACGCUGGAGUGUGGAGUCAGAAAAAAGUGAAACUUAUCUCAGUUACUGACUGAAAGCCAGAGGUUAUAUUUCCUACUCUUUCCAAAACAUAAGAAAAUCUCUCAUCUACCUUUUUUGCUGAAACUUGGGGGGGGGGUUCAAACUAAAUCUCCAUUUAAUGGUUAAAAGUUCUGCAUCAAUUCAUUGUUGCAUUUUAAGUUGUUGGCUUAUUUGUAAUUUUGAACAUUGUUUUACGUCCUAACUGCCACAUUUUUAUUGUAGUGCCCACAAUGUUGUCAUGUUACAUCUCAACACUUAUCCGACAGUAAAGACCAUUACUUCCCAAUUCAAGGAAAAAGAUCAUUUGAUGAAUACACUCAUGCAGCAUAACUCCAGUUACACUGUGGGCAGUGUAGCCGCUUAAAGGAUUUGUGGGAUACCUACUUUCCAGAGUGAAAACACAAGAAAGUAUAGUUCAACUGUAAAUGACCCUCUGCUAUCAUUUUUUGUAGUUUUCUUCAUGCUGUAGCUUCUCAAUUUGAAACGUGUCUUUUGCUUUCAAAGGUUGAAAAAUGUUUAAAAGUACAACUUAAUGGCAUUUUAAAAGUGUGACCUGAUUGUUGUAAAACUCUUGGUUGUAAAUUAAGUAUGACACAUUGCCAAAAGCAGAAUAAUCAGCUUGAAGGGUCAUUAUUGGAUGGAAGAUGCACAGCAGUAUUGGUGAAUGAAUAAGUAAUGAGUAACUUAAAUUCAUAAGAAGAGCUGUCACCUCAGGGGGUCAGUUCUUCAGGACACAGAUGUUGCGCCCACCAGGACAGGUUCAGCUGUGACAUUUAGGCUCCCUCAAAGGAGUUAUUUUUUGCCCACUUACCCCGGCUCCCUCUCUGUCUCUCUCCUCUCUUUGAAGAGAGAGGGGAUGACAUAACACCUGGGAUGUUUGAGCUGCUCCAGCAGAGUUCACACACCCCUGUGCAAGAGGGUUUCUCCUGGCUUGGCUACAACUCAAACUCCACAAAACUGUUUGUUCAGAAAAAAAAGUCAAUUCAAACAGAUACAAGACUUCUAUUGUCAUGUUUGACUUCACUUUUAAGGCAUCAUAGCCAAAUCAUCCUAUGAUAACCAUUCAUAUUUAAAAAGUUACUCACCUCCAUCCCUCAUUUUUUCCAUCUCCUGCUCCUUCUGUCUUCUCUCCUUUUCCUUCAUGUGAAACACAAAUCAUGGAGCCAUUUGCUAAAGCACUCCCUCUGCUCCUCAGGAAACAGGAGAUGUAGUUUCAUAUCAAAGCUGAGGGUAUUUUUAGCCUUUGAUUCACUUAAGACAGCCUGUAGUCUUGAGUAGAAGCACCCUUGGACCACGAGAGAGUUAGAGAGAGGAUAAUCUGAAUCACUUUACGAACCCUAUAGUCCAGACCUCACUGCAGUGCUGGUGGAUGGGUGUGGGGUUAAUGGAAAACAAUAACAUAUAAAGUUCACUUUUGUCUGUCAUAUUGUCAACCAGGCUGCUGUCCUAUCCGAGCCCUCUCUUGUAUCCUGCCGGCAGCCUGGUUGACAAUCACCUGCUUGCUCUGUCUUCAUGCUGAAUGACUCAUUUCCCUCAGCAGAUUGAAUCACAGUGCAUAUCCAUCACCAGAUUUAAUGCAGCUUUUGAUGGAAUAGACUGUGUAUUUGUGGAAAACCCUCUGCACACUGAGUUGUCUGUAUGCACGCCUGUCUCCACACAACUCAUUAUGGCAGUCUAAAUUUCCUCUGCCUUUUCCUAACUCUUUUUUUAUUUCUUUUUCUUAAUCCUCAUCUUCUUUGUUAUGCUGAGCAGUGAGAUAAACCGCCUGGAUUUGGGCUUAACAGUGGAGGUAUGGAAUAAAGGGCUGAUCUGGGACACCAUGGUGGGCACCUUAUGGAUCCCCCUGCGCAGCAUACGGCAGUCGAACGAGGUACCCUCCCUUUCUUUCACUGACUUAGACGGCAAGCGUUGGAUUUUGUCACAUUAAGAACUCUACAUGUUCACCAAUACUAUAGUCAGAAUAAUAGAUACAAAUACAGUUAUUAAAACAACCUUAAAAGCACAUGGUUUUGGAAUCACAACACUUUUCAUGUUAUUUUAAUGAAAGCAACAACGUGGGACCUUGAGAUGCCUUUGAGCCUUUUGAAGUGUUUUAUAAUUACCGUUUCCCUCUGUCUUCAAUAUUAUUUUAUAUUUUGAGCUUGUUAGUUAAGUGAUAUUUGAAAGAAAGGCGUAGAGUACAUGUGAUUGUCAUAAAAGUGGGUCACAAAGUUGUGCUAUAGAUGCUUGUCGCUGUGUAGAGUCUCUGUUGACAGCAUCUUUAAUCGUGCGCCUAAUGUCCCCUUUGCCAUAAUGUAACACAACUCCUGCUGCCUUUGUGAAACAUCUUGUAUUUGCUGUAAUCAUUUGUUUAUUGGUUUAGGUAAACUUCGGUUUGGCUUUGAGGAUGAUGCUAUUCAGCAGCAGUCACUCAAACUCUUAGUUACAGGAUGACGUUUGUUCAUUGGAAAGCAAAAGUUCAGAAUUAGAGAAAAAGUCCCAGAGCUGCGUAUUGGCUUUCUUGCAAGAGUGAGAAACAAAAUCAAUCACUCAAACUGUCAGUAUCUUUGUAAAAAAAAAGUGAAAUCGAAGGGAUAGACACACAACUGAAAGUUCCAACAUAUCUCAGAGUGUAUGAAAAGCCAUUGUAGACAUAAAAAAUCCAUCAAAGCAAAGAUGUGUAUUGAGUUUGUGUUUGGUCUCAUGUCCUAAAUGGCAGUAACAGCUAGAUAUUAUUUAAUUGGUACACACUUACAGGGUUACCUUGUACACAGACACACCAUACAUACACACAUGAAUUGUGGACAUAAUUUCAGUCACUUACACCUUGUUGCAAAAGCUUCUUAACCAAAAAGUAGAACUUCUUGGAUCCUCAUAGGAAAUGAAUUUUAUUUGUGAAUUUUUAUGAAAUGAGUAUCACUGAAGUAAUAUUUCUGAAUCUGUUCUCCUCUGUCAUUUUCCAGGAGGGUCCCGGCCAGUGGCUGACCCUGGAUUCUAAUGCGAUCAUGGCUGAGAAUGAGAUCUGCGGAACCAAAGACCCGACAUUUCACCGGCUGCUGCUCGACACCCGCUUUGAACUGCCACUAGGUUACUGGAUUUCUUUGUCAAUCUCCAACCAUUACUGCCACUUUUUUGGGCUAUACGUUACCAUGACCUUUAGGGAUACAAAGACAUGAUUGCACUUUGGUUUCAUUCCAGUGCAAAUAUGUAGGUACAUGUUUAUAUCAUGCAACACUUGAAGAACUCAUUAAAGUAAAAUGUUUUUCUGUGGUUUGCUGCAGAUAUUCCUGAAGAAGAGGCCCGAUACUGGGCCAAGAAACUUGAACAACUAAAUGCCAUGAGAGAUCAAGAUGUAAGAACUUAAUUCUCCCCCAUAUUCCCAUCACUGUCUUCACACCAUCUGCCAUCUAUAUUUCCUCAUCUAUUUAUUUCUUUCUCUAUGGUAUUUCCUUUCCUUUCCUUUCUAUUUUUUUCUUUAUUUUUCAUACUUGCUCGAAUCACACUCUAUGGCUGCCAAUAACGGCAGAGCUGCCAGAGUCAAUAUUCUUACCAAGAGUUCUCCUCUGAGAUUUGAUGGGUUUUAUUUCCUAAGACGCCUGUUGUUGUUUUUCUCUUUCAGUAUGCCUAUCAAGAAGAACAGGAGCGUCCCCUCCAUGCACCGUCCACACAGUGUUGUGAGUGUUAAAAACACUUCUGCAUCCACCUCCUCCAAUUCUGUCCCCUGCUGGGAUCUUUUUCUGUCUCUACUCUCUCCCUAUCACACACGCACACACACACACACACACACACACACACACACACACACACACACACACACACACACACACACACACACACACACACACACACACACACACACACACACACACACACGCAAUAGUCCUGAGAAUGAAGCUUCCUGGGAAGUACAGCGAAGCUCAUAGAUGUAGCCAAGGGUGGAGGGAGGGGAAGGUGUGCCUCAGCGGCAGACUGACAUAUAGGUGUUGGCUGUGUGAUGAAUGUGAUCUGACAUACGCUGUGUUGUCGGACCUACACCACACUGCCUGCAUGUCUGUCUGCUGACGACACAGGGAGCAGGUAUAUAUACAUGUGUAUAGUAUAAGUAAACAGAAAGGUUUGAUUGGUGCUAUGUUGCUUGUGUGUGUGUGAGUGGAUAGGUGAUGACAAAUGUGUGUGUUUUAUCUACUCCACUGAGACACAACAGCAAGGCCAGCAGCAUUUGCACAGCUUCCCUUAACACCUUGAGCUUUUCUUUAUUUACACUCCUAUACAUUUCCAUUAACAUGUCUUUAUCCCCCCCACAUGUUUACAGCUAAUUAAUCAGAGUUGCAAAUCUCUGUGUGUUUGUUUCCUUGGCUUUGCAGCCUGUUAAUGUCUCUAAUUCGUAGGCCAAACCUAAUUUGGUUCCCCAACCUUUCUUUUUCUUGCAGGUAAUUGGAGUCUGUGGGGAGAUCAGCAAAGUAAGUUUCUCUCAUGCCCAUCUGCUACUGACUUGGAGUAACUCUGUAUUCAUCUUCCAUGUUUCACUUAAUGUAAUGAGCUCCCUGUUUAGACCAUUAGCUGCCAUAAGAAAAUGUAUUUCCCCCACACAUCCGCUCUGAAUUUUCCUCAAGCUUAUACUAAUUUUGUCUCUAUCCGUAUAGAGCCAAGCUGUGAGAGAUGAGUCAAAUCAACUCUAUUUUAUGAAUUAAAGGGUAUUUUUUUUCCACUGGGGUUCAUGCCCUCCUUACUUCUCAAAUGCUUUUGCUUUUAUACUAACUGGGAAAUAGUCUCACUGAGUCUCCACAGUUCAGGUGAUUGGAGAUCUGAAUUUGAAAAUGAUUAUGUAUUUAUCCAAGUUAUCUUCAAUCAGUGUAAUGCUAUAAAAGCAACAUGUGACCAGUGCAGUAAACGCUGCCAGCAUUUUUUUUUCCCCAGCAUCUUGCAGUUUGUUGUCUUAUUGCUUAUUGCCUUAUUGCUAAAUGAUGCUGGGCCAGUAAACAGCCUAAAAAGAAACAAGCAGACGAUACAAGAUGCUGAAAAAAAGACCAGAUGUCGUCAAAAAUGUAGAUAACUUUGAUCAGUAAGUUGUAAAAACCUACCUAUCAAAAUGACGUACUCUUUAAUCUGAAAUUGUUAAAAUAUCAGGUCAGUGGUGUUUUUUUUCAGAUCUAAGUGACUUAACUAGGGCACUGUAUUCUGCAGGUGUGGCAUGAAGUGUCUAUCUCUGCCUCUAUUCAACUUUCAAUGUAACCAACUAACAUUGUUAAAAUUCAUGUUUUUGUUUAGAAAAAAAUCAAAGGGUUUACUUUAAAUACUUUAGCCUUUAUUCCAGAAGAUGUUUAGUUAAAGUAACAGCUAAAGUACAGGUAAGUGCAAACACUGAAACUUAGAAAAUACAUGAAUUUAGGACAGUUAGACAGUGUUAAGAAGAUUUUGUGUAUUUUCUAUUAGACUGGUCUUUCUCUGAAAUUUGAAGCACGAGUAAAAAAAAAAAAAAAAAAAUCUAUUUUCUUUUUACAAAGAAAGCCACCGGUGUCUUGUUAAACAGCCCAAAUGGAAGAUUUUCACUCAAGUCCCACCUCUGACAAGGCAAAUAGCCAACCAUGGUUCAGGAUGUUGGGGUGGCCAAUCUGCUCUCAAGAGGGGCCCAUGCCACCCCUAGCAACUCUCUUGAUAUGCCCCUGCAGCUCUCUGUGAAAGAAACAACAUCCUAAACAACAUUGGGGUCAUCUUAAUCUUUCAAACUUCAUAGCGAAAACCAUCCUUCAGUCUCUCCUGCUCACUUUGUCUGGUCUCUGUGCCAUGUUGUUGUGCGAACAGAUGACGAUCCAGACAGCGCUGUGGAUGACAGGGACAGUGACUACCGCAGUGAGACCAGUAACAGCAUCCCACCUCCCUACUACACCACCUCCCAGCCUAACGCUUCCAUGCACCAGUAUCCCAUGAGGCACCAGCACUACAGACACUCCUACAAUGAUGACAUGCAAGACUUGGACUACGACCACAGAGCCAUGAGGUAACAAGCCCUCAACAGCUACUACAUCUAUACCAAGUGUUUUCCUUUAAGUAAGAUUACCAUGGCAGGUUGUUAGGGAACAGAAAGAAAGGUAUUUUCAGGGUUAAAAAGAUGUGAAAUAUGAGACUCCCCAUAAUAAUUUCCUUCUGAGUCAAGCAUUUAUCCCAGAUACAGGUCAGAGUCUGGGGUCUUGUUUCACUGUAUUGUUCAUGGUAACGUUCUGUCCCACUGUGCUCUCCUCCUCUAGAGAAUAACCCUGGCCUGAGUGUAUACAAGCAUGCUGGGAAGUGCAGUUCUUGUAUACAGGUCACUUAUGAAGUGGGCCUGUGUGGUUAUCUUUUCUGUGUGUGUGAGUGUGCAUGUGUGAAUGCUUGUGUGCGUGCCUGCAUUUUGUGUGAGCAUGUUGUUGACAGUCUGAGCAUCACAAACCCGAUGUGAUCUCCCUUGUCCUAAGUUAUUGUGCAGAAAACAAUAAAACUUUUAUAUUCAAAUCAAUACUUUAAUUUUUUAUGAUUUUCAGUUAAAUAAUAUGUCUGAAUACUUUCUUUCGGCAUGUUUUCAAGGGGGCUGAAAAUGAGAAACAAACAAAAUAAAUAAUCAUUGCUCAGAAAAGCUGAAACAGGAAGUUUUUGCUCCAUCUGUGGGAUUUUUUGUGCAGACAUCUGAAGGUUAUUUUUGCAUUUUUAAAAUUAAACUUUAAAUGAUAGCCAAGUGUUUUUUUUAUGAACAUUGAAAUAGGUUUUGUUUGCUGUAAUCAAUCCCCCAGUUCUGUACAAAGUUCACAUAACCUUUUUAGUGUAAUAUUGUUUCAAUGUUUUUUUAAUAGAUUGCACUUCCUUGUUGAAUUUAGUGGAGACCCAGUAAUGUUAAGCAAUACAAGAGACUUGUCUGCUACAAUCAGACACCUAUAAAUCCUCUUGGAGCCACAGACAAACUGUCAGGCCUACAAAAAGAUAAGAUAAACCUUUAUUUACACCACAGAAAAAGGAUCAGAUUUAAAAACAAAUUCAAAUUGAUGAAACAACAUGUACUACUCAGUCUAGCUGGAGGUGUUUUUGGAGAUUGAUUGAAAACUUUGAGUUUCCAGGAUUGCAUGAUGGCCAAUGCUUUUCACCUCUUUUCUCACCCCAAUGCAUACAGUCAGUCUUCAAAAGAGUUUUUCAGGUACUGUUUUGCAGAAUCUUACAAUAACGAUAAUGUAAAAGGUUCCUCCCAGCUAUAAGGGCCCAAAGGUACCUUUUUUAUUCUAAUUACUUUGACUGCUGAAGCCUCUGUGAAAUUAGUUUUUGUGCAUAGUAUGGACUGCAGGAUAAGUCCAUAAUCACUUCCAUUGUGAACCCAAGAGGAAUUUCUUAUUUCUGGGUAACUCUGAACAGAAGGAAUGACAACAGUACGCAAAACCUGCAUCCCUGUGAACUCCUGACUAUUGUUGAAUGAUGGGCCUGAAAACCUGUGAAUGUAUCUCAAAGUCAUGCAGUGCAGAGGUUCAGUUUGGUUAGAGCUUUCAUUUCAAAGAUUUGCACUGAGCUCUACUGAUGCUCCUCUCCCACCUCUCCCCUCCUCCCUACCUUCCUCCCUGCUCCUCUUACCAGACGCUAUGAUAGUUUAGACUCGGCCACCAACGGGCGCAGCGAUAUCGACUCAGGCUCAGGGUCGAGCCGGCGCACCAGCCGUCAGUAUUCUCUAGACAGUAGGCAUUCACUGUCCGAUAGGUGGGUCUCUGUACCUCCUCUCCAACUCCUCCUGCUCUUCCUUCUUCCUGCUCCGGCCUGUGACUCCGUCUCGCUGUGACGUCAGUGGUGGACUUGUCCCGUCCUCCUCGCUCACUGUGCUUGCAUGCAUGCGCUCCUACCCUAUCUCUCUAUUUGUAUAUUCUAUACUUUUUUAUAGAAAACUUCUGAUCCUGCAUCUAUAGUUACUGUGUCCCUUAUGAAAAAUCACAUAUCAAUACCACAAGUGAUGUAUCAUACUCAUCCUCACAAUUAUUUAGUGAAUUUGAUGCAGUUCUGUGCUUAUUUGUGUGGUUAAGAGACUGACAAGAUGUACGUUUGCAUGGGCUGUUUCGUAGAAAAGCGAGACAGGAAGGUUAAUUGUCGGUUGUGUUAGUAGAGCUGCCUGUGUGAAUCUGUAUUUGUGUGAAUUUGUUGUUGCACAGCCUGUUAUUACAGCCCUAUUACAGCCUGUAAGUGAGUCGUAAAGAAGAGCCCUGUGUUAUUCUAGGUGUCACAUACUUGGUAAUCAUGCACAUUAGGUUUCCAUGUGCACAGGGUGACUUCAGCCACAUAACAGGGCCCUGCGGAGAAGCAGAGAUACAUUAUGUUAACUUUUUCUCAGUUUCACCUUGCUUUCUGUAUUAUUUGCUAAGAGAGGGCAGACGUGUAUUCAAACUCAGCGUUAUGCAAGCAUUUGUCAGCGUCUGUGUCAGUCGUUGUGUUGCACCAGAGCAGGAUAAUGAGAUAAAUGAUGAAUAGACAAGAACAGCUCUGUCGUGAUUGAGUGUUUAGGCGUCACUUUAGGUCUUCUUGUGUAUUCCUUCUGGCUCAAAGCCUGAAGCUGUAAUACAUUUCUUCUCUUUACUGCUCCUGCACCAGGCAUUAUUGAGCCGCCAUGGCCACCGUCAAUAGAGACAAAACAGUAAAGUGGGAGUGUGAGUCGGUGUGUGUAAGACAUUGUAUUUGCAUGUGUCUCAAAUCUCUCUCUCUGAGUCAUGGUCUGUCUAAAUGUCUAAUAGCCUCAUUCAUAACUGCGAGUAAAUAUUAUUCAUAAAUUUUUCCACCAAAAGAGACCGCUUUUGUUCUGUGCUGCCAGAAUAAUGGAUUACCCUAAAGCACUCCAGGUUCACUCUCUUUUAUUUAAAUAUGUCCAUUUAUAUCUUUUCAUUUGGCAUUUCUGUAUUAAUUUGCGUGUUAAUCAGUAUCCAUGGCAACCUUUUUUAUUUCUAAAAAGGUCAUUGCAGUUACAUAGAUGCAUCACUAGCCUUAAACUUCCUGCCCUGAGUUUUGUUAUUGGUGAUUUUUAAAGUCACUUCUUUUUUUCCCCAGUAGUUAGCUGUCCCCCUCCCCGGUCACAACACGAGCUCCUUGAGUGUCACCGUACUCCUGAUUGUUUAAAUGUGGGUUGUCCUUUAGCUUACUGUCGAACCUUUUUGUCUUUGUAACUUGCAUCUAUAUCUCCCUCCCAUUCAGCCCCACAGACAGUCGUUAUGCCUCAUCGGGCGAGUUAAGUCGAGGCAGCUCUCAGCUCAGCGAGGAGUUUGUUCCCGAGGACGGCGAGAGUUUGCGAGGGUCAGAGUUCUAUGACGAGAACGACUCAUACCACUCCUGCCACUCAUCGGUCAGCUACAACAAGGAAGACUCACCAGGAUGGGAGGGUGAGGACCCUCAAGGUGUCUAUAGUGACGAUGGAGGCUACCUCAAAGAUGGAGGGGAAGAGGGGGCCCUGUACGAGGAGGGGGACAUGUACGGGGAGGAGGAGGGUGAGUACAACUAUGAAGAUGAGGAGGAGAUGCCUUAUGAGGAGGACGAAGAUAUGUAUCCUCCGGAUGGUGCACUCAGUGAAGAUCAGGAGCCACCCUACACCCCCACUCCCACAAGCACUGCCCCCACCCUGAUGCCCACCCCUGAUACUCUAUCCUCUACCAGACCUCCACUGGAGAAACAGGCAUCAUUACAUCAGCAAAAACUAGACCAGGAUCAGAUCCAGCCCCCCAGCACAACCCCUGGUCUACUCUCAGAGACACAGGAAGACAAGCUGCCCCCUUUCACCCCCCUCCCAGAAUCCACCAUGCCUCCAUUUGCACCCACUGAGCCUGAGCUGUCGACCAUGGAUACAUUCACCCCAGACGCAUCAUCACGAGUCCCAACUCCAGAUAGAGAGCUCCUGGAACCUGAGUUCAAGUCUGAGUUGCCUCCAGAGGAACCUCCAUUCCUUGAACAGCCUCCAGGGGAACCCGAGAGUGUCCCUCCGGCACCCGAGGAGAAAAUAGAGCCACCUGUUCCAAGGUAAACACUGUUCAUACACCGUCAGGCUCAGAGGAGAAAAACAAGAUUCCACACUGAACGCAGCAGUGACACUUUGUACACUGAAGUCAAUCUGUAACAUUAAGCUCAUAGUCCAUAUGUACAUAUUCAAGAUUUCAUGACAAUCUUGCUAAAGGGGCUUGAGGAGUUAUAAUCAAGCAGGUUAACCUACAAAAGGAUUAUCAAACAUUUUUUUAUACAGCUUGUUUUCACCUAAACAUAUAUUUGUUGUAAAGUUUCUAAGACUGUUUCGACACAUAUUUCAUGGAUGACAUGUAAACAGAGAUGGUAACACAAGCCCAAGACUUAAGCCCCAUACAAACAGGACUUGAGAUGUGACUCAGACCCCCCAGUCAGUGGAGUGUUUCUUUGAUCUGCUUACCACUACCUCUAUGGUUAUUUAUUGCUACUUUAUAUGUGAAGUACAUCUGAAUGAGUUUUUGAAAAUGCUCCCGCUAAUCUUCUUUCAGCUUUCCAAAACGAGAACUCAUGGAACCUGGUCCUGCUAGAGCCAAAGCAAACUGGCUUAGACUUUACAGCAGAGUACGGCUACAGCUACAAGAGGUAUAACCCGUCUGUGAGCGUAUUUGUGCCUUUGUGUAGUGUCUGUUUAGUAAAUGCCUCAUAAAUAUGUUGAGGUUUUGCUGUUGUUGUUGUUGUGCUUUGAAUGCUAAGGCUACAGUUUGACUUGUUGCGUCAGCCCCUGCAUGCCUUACUGUUACUGUGUUUUUCCAGCUUUUGUUGACUGGUCCACAAUUUUUCCCAGUUUUUGGCUAUUGUUGUGAAUUUUUAUAACUGUCUUGUGUUUAUUUGAUGGUUUCUUUUUACCCCUUGUACCGUUUUGCCAUUUCAUUAUUUUCUUUUCAGUUGUUUGCCAUCCUCGUAGCGAUUUGCAUGUUGUCCAUUCUGAUUACCCAUGGCUGGAGCAGACGCUCAGGUGGGUGUGGCUGGUAGUGUGUCAAUCAAUCAGGUUUAUAUUGGUUGCAUCAUUUGUGGAAUAUUUGAUUUUACUGAGAUUCAAGAAGCACAUAAUACGCUGAAGUAAACCUGCUAAGUCUAAUUUUCAAAACCACUAGUUUGUUUGAACAGAGACAGUUUCUGUGUGUCAGCAUGACGCAAGUAUCAAGGCUGUGUGUCAUUGUUUGAUCAGGCAGGCAGACAAAGAGCAAAUAAAAUUAGAGUUGGAAAAAGUGAUUACACAAAUGGCCAUCUGGCUGUAUUCUACUUUUACUGUGAUUUUCCGACACAGAGAAUCCAUUUGAUAUGAGAAAUCACUUCACCCAGACAGACAGAUCUCAGCAAGACCACUCCUGGUCCUCCCUUUUUCUUGCAUCCCCCACUUUUACCACUGUUUUAUUAUUCAUUCGAACAUUUUCUAAGCACUCGCUGCCAUUAUGACUAAGACUAGUCAAUGAGCCACAAUGAAGUAUUCUGAAUAUUCGAUUUAUGCCUCGUAUGUAGAGAAUAAUAUUGAAACUAUACACUACAGAUCUUAUGGCUACCUGCUGUUCUGUCUUCUUACCUUUUUUUCCCCCCACAGGCCAGAGGAGAAAGUGUUGGCAUCGCCUCUCUGCUGUUAUCAGCUGGGUAAGAGACCAUGAUGCUUGUAUUGCUACAGUCAUUGGAUAUCUCUAAGUUAUCAAACAAAAGUCGAGCCAGUUGCUUUAAAGUCUGAAGGAAGCAUUUAUUUUCUAAAUGAUUCCCUGUGUCAAAGUUCAAGUCGACAAAUGUAGCUGGAGAAAAAAAGCCGGUGUUGAGUCCUUAUCUGUGAAUGCUCUGCAGGGUGGGUGGUGCUUUGUACAGCAUUGACAGCAUGCCAGACCUCAGGAAGAGGAAAGCUAUGCCUUUGGUCAGAGAUCUGGUGAGUUCAUAUUUCAAUCUCUUUAUACUCCACCCAUCACUUAGCUCAGCUAUCUUCACCAUCAUUAUUAAACCUCCUCCAGUUUCCCUCCUAAUUCUCUUCUCUCUUCUUUCUUAUGUUAUUCUCUUCCCCUCACGGUUCUUUCUUUCAAUGUAUUGCUUGUUCCUCUUUUAACUCUCUUCCCACUCUCCAUUUGAGUCCUCUACAUCCUCUCUGUGAACAGAAAUUACAUCCCCCCACUUUUACAGCCUGACAGAGUCAGCUGCAGGGCGAAGAGGCCAGUGGCAGGGCCAGAGGUUUCCUCUGAUUGACAUUGAUGUCUGCUGGGUGCUGUCAUAACACACCUUUCAUUGACACACACUGCCAUCAUCCUCGGGCCUCCCUGACACAGACUCAUUAGUAAUAAAACAGUAGGAAUAUAAGUCCUCCGGAUAAAUCUGUUACUCAGUUAAACAAAUUACUGUCUGUCUUGUACAAUUAUACCGCCAAGACAAAGUGGUGACAUUUCUACCUCUGUUAAAGCGACAGGGAUAACUAACAAGCAUAGACACAAUCAAGGAGGUACACAUGAUAAAAAAAACCACAAUUGUUUCAGCUUAUCACAUUACUUAAAAUAGUACUAUAACAUACUGGGGAAGAUCUGAAGUGUUUUUGUUUUCCAAAGUUGACGUGAUAUUACAUAAAAACCUUGGUAACCCUUUCUUUUACGGUACACUUAUUACCAGGUAAUUAACAGGUAAUUACCAAGUAACAACAUGAAAUUAUCUGGUAAUUACACGAUAACGACUAAGUCAAUACUGUCUAGUUUUUCUUUUUUUCUUUUUUCUGUGCAGCUCCAUUUUCAAAAGCUAUUUGGGGUUCUUAUUUUCUAUGACUGACACUUAGUACAGCCUAUGGGCGUGCAAAGAUUGCAUAGCGAUACGCUGUUUGAGCCGAGCAUUAUCAUGGCGACUUACCUGCUGAAUGCGUACAAUGCUACUGCGCAAGUGGUGGUUCCAGGAAGCGGAGAAAAUCCUGGAAAUACCAGAGCAAUUCAGCUUCAAAUUUGUAUGAUGAGGGAAGGUUACCUACCUGGUAGCUAGACAGUAUUGACUUAGUAGUUAUCAUGUAAUUACCAGAUAAUUUCCUGUUGUUACUAGGUAAUUACCUGUUAAUUACCUGGUAAUAAGUGUACCGUAAAAGAAAGGGUUACCAAAACCUUUAACUGUAAGGCUGAUGGACCAGAUGACACUUUGUCUCUUUGAAUUCACUGUCACACAAAUCUCAGCGUGCUAUACACCCCAAUCAGGCUUUGCCACAUGAAUUAUCUCAGAUAGGUGUCUUCAUCAUUUGAAGUGGAGUACUGACAGACAGUCAGAAACAGGCGCACAGAUGUUUCUCUUCUUCUCUGUCUCCAACUCUGAUGAGCGAUCAUAGUCUGUGUGUUUGUGACAGGGUUUCAGGUAAUUGAUCAGACAGAGUUGAAUCCCGGCUGACGAUAUCAACUGCUGCUCUGUGGUCUGGUUGCAGCUGUGACUUUUAUCUAUAAUGACUACAGCAACAUUUCUCUUCAUCUCCACAUUUGUAAUUCUUUUGUAUCUCUGUCUGUCUUACAUUUUUUUCUAAUAUCAAUCUAUUCUUUUACCCCCACCUAUCCCUUCUCUGCACUGCUACAGGCUAUGGUAAGUGAUAACAGCAUCAUUUAUUACCUGAAAACUCAUUAAAUGUUAGUACAGAAGUGGAAUAAUUUGCUCUUAAAACAUGCGUGCAUCACCUCCAUGUAGGUGGAACUAUUCAGGCCAAAGUUUUUAAACAGACAUGGUUAUUAAACAUCCUCUCACAGGCUGCACUGAGUUUUCUCUUGAUAUAAAGAGAUAUUGAGGUGGGAGCUUGGAGAAACUGACGUCUACUCUUUUCUGACACUCAGUCGUUGGUUCAGAACUCCAGGAAGGCAGGCAUCACCUCAGCUCUUACAUCCAGCACCCUGCAUAAUGAAGAACUGGUCAGUGCUGUUUUAUAAUUUUAUCAAAUAUCAUUAUUAAAGCACCUCCUGCACACAAAACACACUAAACCUAUCCUCCACCCUGCGCUGUACCUCUGCAGAAGAGUCACGUCUACAAGAAGACCCUCCAGGCCCUCAUAUAUCCCAUCUCCUGCACUACGCCUCAUAAUUUUGAGGUGUGGACAGCCACUACACCCACUUACUGCUACGAGUGUGAGGGACUGCUGUGGGGUAUCGCUCGACAGGGUAUGCGCUGUACUGAGUGUGGAGUCAAAUGCCACGAGAAAUGCCAGGAUCUCCUCAACGCUGACUGUCUGCAAAGUAAGCACAACGUCACCUGUUUGUUUCACCUGUUCACUUUGGUAUAUUUGAUACAGAGUGCAAACACGAAGAAAAUAUCUGAUUGAAACAGGAGAAUAUGACAAGCCACUUCCAAAAGGCACUGUACAAGAUGGAACAAGAACAUUGACUCUGUGUAAAUAUUUGAUAAAGAGCAAAAUUGGAUUGAGAUUAUUCCUAAUCCAGUCAAAAGUCACAAACAAAAUGUGUGUAAUCGUCCUUUUAACCCCUGGAGGAAAGUAAACAACUGCCUUUGUAGCCAAAUACAUUUUUGAAAACACAGACGCAGCAAAGAUGCUACAUGGUUUUAUACAUUAUCUAGUGAGAUUGAGUUAAAAUACAGUUACAUUUUAGUAUAAAGUAAACCUCUACUAAACCUGUUCCACUUUUAGCUGUGUCAAUGCUAUCCUUUGUUAAUAAUAGUACACUAUCAAGUCAUCUUUCUCAUCUCAUCUCUAUAUGUCGCUGCCAAGAUCAGUCUUCCUUCUCCUUGUCUUCACACCUACUUUUUCAUUUACUUGUUUUUCUUCAGAGGAUAUUAAAAGCUAUUCGUCUUUUGUCAGCACCCACCUCUCCCUCCCGUCUCUCUCUAAGUCAGCAUUUCAUAGCGCUUCAAUUGUGUCAGCCUCUCACUCAUGAAAUACAAGAAUCAAGCUUUUUCAUCACUUGCACUGGCCCUGUAUCGGCUACGUAAUCUGGAUUUACUAACAUGUAGAAAUGUAUAGUUUCUGCAACUCUUUCCUUCAUCUCUCGCGCAUAUAUCACGUAUGUUUAUGCUUACAUGUCUCAUCAUGUUUUUCAUCUCAAUUUUCACGCUGAACAGGGGCAGCAGAGAAGAGCUCCAAACAUGGCGCAGAGGACCGAACCCAGAACAUCAUCAUGGUCCUCAAAGACCGCAUGAAGAUCCGUGAGAGGAACAAACCGGAGAUCUUUGAGCUCAUUCAGGAAGUGUUUGGGAUUAUCAAGGCCACCCACGUGACCCACAUGAAGCAGAUCAAACAGAGCGUGCUGGAUGGCACUUCCAAAUGGUCAGCCAAGAUCUGCAUCACAGGUGAGCGUGGAGUCAAAACGGGCUCCGUACAGUAGCUUUGAAAAGAGCUGGCAGGCACUGUAAACAUCAAAGUCAGAGGAGAAGCACGUGUCAGGUGUUUGUGUCUAUAAAAAGAGACAGGCUGGCAUCGUAUGAGGAGAACGCAGGUGGCUUUUAUGGGGCAGUAGAACAGAAGGUCAGGUGAUUUGAGAGGCAUCUGUUUUAAUCCAAACACACACACACACAUACACACACGGGAUGACCAACUUUUCUUUCUUAUUUUUCCUCCUCUUAGUGUUGUGUGCCCAGGGUCUACAAGCCAAGGAUAAAACCGGCUCUAGCGAUCCUUAUGUCACUGUCCAGGUGGGAAAGACCAAAAAGAGGACCAAGACCAUUUACGGCAACCUCAACCCUGUGUGGGAAGAGACAUUCAACUUGUGAGUCAACACCUUAUUAAAAAAAGUAAUAGUGAUAGUGAUUGUUUUUGCUACAAGCUCACAUGUAGAUCAUUUUACCAGUUAAUUGACUGAUUGUUCAGCUCUUUAAAUAUCACGUAAUGAGAGAAAAUGCUGAUUCAAAUUGUCUGAGCACAGUGAGACAUAACAUAAAGAUUUCAUUUCAUAACAAUAGAAGAUGGUGAAAGGUAGAAUUUUUCCUCAUUUAAGAAACCAUAUGUUGCCCAAAUUUUUUUGACUUUAAAAAAUAUUAAAUAUUUUUUGUAUUAACUGCACCACUCCACCCUGGUUGGGGUACUGAUGCAAUGUAGUACUCCUAUUUGCUUUCUCUCUUUCACAUCAAGUUUAAUAUGAGUCAUAUGUUCACUCAUCUGGUCAUCUUGGCCACCUUUCAAUAAAUCUACUAUGUUUACCAACUCUGUGCAUCUGUCUUUACAGUGAAUGUCACAACUCCUCAGACCGCAUCAAGGUGCGAGUGUGGGACGAAGACGAUGACAUCAAGUCUCGAGUGAAGCAGAAGUUCAAACGAGAGUCAGAUGACUUCCUCGGCCAAACUAUCAUCGAGGUCCGCACUCUGAGCGGAGAGAUGGACGUGUGGUAUAAUCUCGGUCAGUCGAAUUAACAGCCCACGUCGCUUGUGUUUUGCUAAUCUUAUAGCUUCUGCUCUGAUUUUCAACUGCAGGUUAAACAACUGUGAUCCUAUAUGCCAUGCUUUCUUCACAGAUAAGCGAACAGACAAAUCAGCCGUGUCUGGAGCUAUUCGCAUGCACAUCAAUGUAGAGAUUAAAGGAGAGGAGACCGUGGCCCCCUAUCAUGUGCAGUACACCUGUUUGCAUGAGGUAAGAAUGGUGACCCUUAUUCCUGAGAGGAUAUUUUUCCCUCAUGUGGUGCAUAUUUUGUUACUCCUGCACAAAAUAAAAAUCACAUAUGCUUUCUGUCUGUAAUAUCUGGGUACAUUUGCACACUGCGCACCGAAGUGGGAUAUUUGAGUUAAACAUUUUGCGCAGGAUCAUUAAUUAAUUAAAGCAUUUCUUCUUGUGCUGUACAUCCAGUACUUUUCCCUCACUGUGUGUCUGUGCAGAGUCAUCCCAAUGAGCCAUACCAAACAGGUUAAUUUACUUGACUGAUGUUUAAGUCCAUAAUGGAUCCAUUUCAAAUUAAACUUCAGUUAAUACUCUGCGAAGUUUGCUUUGCUCUCAUGAGAUAAAGACCACUUCCAGACAUCACACGCAUUUCUACUCCGGCUCUUCGCAGAAAACCCCGCUGAUUGAUUGUAGCCCAAUCACAGCUUUGUGUGCAGUCAUUACUCAGCCCAUUACUCAGCAGAGCACAUUAGCUGAACCUUAACAGACAAAUGACCGUCGUUAUUGCUGCAUGUAAGUGGCCAUAAACCACACAGUGAACUCUGAAUGUUUUACAGCACUUUAUGGUUGGGAAGUCAAGACAGCACCAUGUGUUUGGCCACUUAAUGAUUUUUGAUUGUUAUUUAAGCAGCCCAGCCAUUAAAGUUUUAUUGGAUUAUGAGUUGUAAUGUGCUUAUUUCUUUGACAAUGAAACAUAAAGAACACUCAGCUUCACUUCAGAGAAGUCUACAGCUUAACUCUGCAAACGUAAAGCUACCUGAAACACCCUUAAAAAUCUGACCUACUGUCAGCUAUCAUGAUGACACAUCUGUGUGCCCUUAACACAGUUUUAUCCCUGGAGUAAAAAAGUCCUAAUUAACCAUUCACCGCUUCACAAUCCCUCCUUUUUUGUUUUAAAGCUACAGCUCCAUUUAUACUGUGUUAUUUUUGUUUACCCCCCUCACUCAUUUUUCUCUUGGUCCCUUUAAGCUCUCUCUUUUUUUGACUCUCUCCAAUUUCUCUUUCUGCAGAACCUCUUCCACUUUGUGACAGACAUUCAGAACAACGGUGUGGUAAAGAUCCCUGAUGCUAAAGGGGAUGACGCAUGGAAGGUCUACUUUGAGGAGACUCCCCAGGAGAUUGUUGACGAGUUCGCCAUGCGUUACGGUGUCGAGUCCAUCUACCAGGCCAUGACGUACGUUUUUUUAUUUUACCUGGAAAUGUGCUUCGAACCUGCAGGUAAAGUUUUCUCUGUUUAUUUACAUGUCUGUCCUUCUUUUGCAGUCACUUUGCCUGCCUGUCAUCGAAGUACAUGUGCCCUGGUGUUCCUGCUGUGAUGAGUACACUACUGGCUAACAUUAAUGCGUACUAUGCUCACACCACCCAGGCAACAAACAACGUCUCUGCCUCUGAUCGCUUUGCUGCUUCGAACUUUGGGGUGAGUCACUGAGGAAUCACUUCGGAGUGUUAUCAAUUAUCCCUUUAAUGCCUUUUGUAUCAUAUUUGAUUAUAAACAUCCGUUUAUAAUACUUCUAUCAAAUCAAUAUAAUCAACAAAUUACUAAAAAACACACCUGAAUACAGUCCGAUAAAUUAUAAAAAUGUCUUCUUGUGGUUUAUCAGUUUCAAAAAACAUCUACUGUAUCAAAUGAGAUAAAUAUUUAAUGUUAAAUUUUAAGGACAUUUAGAUUUUUUUUGUUUUCAGUAGUAAGUGAAAUAAACUUUUCAGCUCCAAAAAAAUUGAAUUUUCUAGCCAUAAUUUGUGAUUUCAGGCAUUAAAGGGUUGUAUUUAGUUUAAUUAGUAAAUAAUUCCAAGUUAUUUUAAUUUUUAUUUUUGUUCCCCCUUUAUGUUGUUACAUAUUAUUAUACUUUAUGUUAAUCUUCUUCAAAUAUAUUGUUACUUGUUUGCUUGUUUAAUUUUUCACCAUGUUGGGUUUUGUCUUUGUUUGUUUGUGUGUUUUUUUUACUGUGUUCUAUGUAGUAUAAGAUGCUUUUAUGGCUUUGUAGAAACUGAAAAAGUAAUUAAGUAAUCAGAAUUUGGGUAUUUUGAUUUCUUUUUCUAUGAAUAGUAGAUUUUGUUUAUACAAAUGUGUCAUUUUUCGCUCAGUUGUUAUCCUUGUUCUGAAUGUUAAACUGUAUUGGUAUUUAGAGAUAUAGUUUGUCCACUAUGUGAGUAUCAAUGUUAAUAUCUGUGUUUCAAUCCCAACAGAAAGAGCGAUUUGUCAAGCUCCUAGAUCAGCUCCACAACUCGUUGAGGAUUGACCUGUCGAUGUACAGAGUAAGACUGUUUUCCAGUUAUCAUUGAAAACAUUACGUUAGAUGACAUUCACGUCUACACAGCAGAAGUUCAACCCUCACAGCUUCUCCUUUGAACUGUAUUUCUCUGUCUCCUCAUGCUCUCCCAUCUAUCCGUUAUCUCUCUGUAAUAAACAGAGAGAAAAGCAGGCGGAGAUAGAUUCACAGCUCCUGGGAAACAUGCACAGACACAUUCAGGAAACACUUAACUCCCACACAAUAACAACUGUGCCACCAAACAGGGGGAUUGAUGGCAGUGGAAAUUGUGUUACCAAGCUGCUCACAGACACGAACACACACUGGACAAAGAUUGACAUGUUACAGUGUGUUGUGUUUUUUUUUUAUUUUAUUGAUUUAUUUAUUGAUUUUCUCUGACUGUAGAACAACUUUCCUGCUAGCAGCCCUGAGAGACUGCAGGACCUCAAAUCCACUGUGGACCUCCUCACCAGUAUCACUUUCUUCAGGAUGAAGGUACGGUCCCUGUCUUUUUUGUAAUCUGUGUGAGCCUGUUUAUUUUGAUCUGUAGUUUAUUCAUGUGCUGACGUGAAUGUGAUAAAUGUAAGGCACAGUUUUCACUCUAAUACUAAUAUCAGAUCUUUAAAUAUCUGUUUUUUUUUCACAGCUACAGUUUUAAGAUUUAAGUGUGUGAACUUGUCUAUUGUAACUUUCUCACUUUUGUGUUUACAUUUUUGUUUUUUUUUCAGGUACAAGAGCUCCAGUCUCCACCCCGAGCCAGUCAGGUAGUGAAGGAUUGUGUCAAAGCCUGCCUCAACUCCACCUACGAAUACAUCUUCAAUAACUGCAAUGAGCUGUACAGCCGUGAAUACCAGACAGACCCGGUAUGGCUUAGCAGUUGAUUCAGUAUCAUGUGUAGGAGUGGAUGUGUGUCUCUUUAUUUUCCUCUUUUCCACUCUCAGAUGUAAUUUAUUUUUUAUAUGUUCAUAAGAAAAAAACACAGUAUUACCAAAGGUCAUAUGAGUGUUCUCCUCUCUAGUAUAAAAUUGGGGGAAAAAAUUGAUUUCUGCAUUGGCUGUUUUGUGUUUUAAGAUUACUUAGGUUUUCUUCAAACUUUUUGUCCAGUGUUUGAUAUUUUUGUUUUGAUUUUUUAGCAAUAAUUUGGUUCACUCUUAGAGAGGGAAGAGGAGAUAAAUCAUAGCCUCACUCCAACAUCACUGAAGGAAUGACUUGGCUAGUGUUAUUUAUUUUGUAAAAACCUUAUACUAAUUACUAACAUGAAUAUACACAUAUUUUUUUUUGGCUUAAGCUCCUUUUUUUCUUUUUAAAUGCACUAUGGCAUGUCUGAGUCCAUAUCAUCCUCUCAGUAUGACUAGUCCUGGCUCGACUAUCCAUCACGGCUGCUUAGGAGUUCAGCAGGGAUUUCCAGAAGUUGCUUUGAGUCCUCAUUAAAGCACCAGCCCCUUUCAGAUUCCCUCGUGAAUUUCAAACAAGUAUUUUUUUUCCCUUUGAAUAAAACAUUUCAUCCUUAGGGGUGUUGCUAUAUUUUGUUGAAAUCUCCACAAGAUCAUUCUUCACUCUUCAACCCCCGUGGCGCUCGGCUUAGUUGUGCUCUUUUUUUUCCUCUUCUUACAGCACAUCUUUAGCUGUUUCAAAGAAGUCAUCCAGACAGUUGACAUUCUGAGUCUGUUUAAAGCAGUUUGAGCAGAAAACGCUGAAUAUGUAUGAGUCGAUGAAUUACAAACAGAGUGGAGAUUUCAAACCAAGAAAGUUUCUGCCUCAGAUGAUGCCAUUUUCAAAAAUCCCCACUGGUUCCCUAUUUAUAAGUGCUCUUAUUUUUGGUGAACUGCUUCUCUGAUUAAUAAUGUGGGUACAGUUUUUGUAAGUACAGUAUAGUUUAAUAAUGAGAAACUUGAUAAUAAAAAAUCUUUGGUGGGCUAAAACUUCCUUAAAAGUUUGUUGAAGAGUUAAACUGGGAUUCCUGUUGUGUCACUUCUUUUACAGGCCAAACAAGGUGCUGUGCCACAAGAGGAGCAGGGACCGAGCAUCAAGAAUCUGGAUUUCUGGUCCAAACUCAUCACACUUAUUGUCUCCAUCAUUGAGGAGGACAAGAACUCCUACACCCCCUGCCUAAACCAGUACGUCUUUCCUCCCCGGCACCUUUCACCUUCAUAUUCUCUUAUUUCUCCCCCCGACCCGUUCAAAUAGCAUCACUGUAUAUUUACUGUCUCUGUUUAAAACUUUCCUUUUAGGCUUUUAUCUGCUCAGUUUCAUAUAUUUUUAAUAAAACUGUUACCCAUUCUCUCCUCCAAGAUUUCCCCAGGAGCUCAAUGUGGGUAAAAUCAGCGCUGAAGUGAUGUGGAACCUGUUUGCACAAGAUAUGAAGUAUGCAAUGGAGGGUGAGUCGACCAAUAAACUCGAAUCUCUGAACUGGCCAUGCCCUGUCAAAGACAUGAAGAUAUGCUAAGAGCAGUUUUGUGAGUCAGGCUUUAUUGGCACUAAUGACCAGAAACAUAGAAACAGAACAGUGUGAAGAAAUUGCUCUAAGGGUCAUGAAUACGUAAAGAGGGUUGAGUAGAUCUUUUUUUCUUUCCCAUUGGGUUUGUUACAACUGUGGAAACUGAUCAGAGAGGAUAGUCACACUUGGUAGCAUCAUCUCUCCUGUAUGAUGGCAUCACAAGAGGACAAACAUUCAGAUUUUGCAUCGUUCCGUGUCUCCAAACAAGACUCCAGAAGCCUCUUGUGAUUAAAUCUCACCCCCUGCUUUAAAAAUAGGCAGUUUCAUUCAUAUUUAUUAUCCCUACAAGAAUAUCAUUUUUUCAAAAGGAUGUGAUGUGGACUAGUUAGAUAGACAUUAGGACGACUGUACUCAUGUCGAGCAUGAAAGAAGGACAGAGAAGCUGGAGAUCACAGGCUGAAGAGAUGAUCUGUUGUGAAAAUGAGUUUCGUCAUAAGGUCUGAUGUUCAUCUACAGUUCUGUGGAUUAUAAAUAAAAUAUAACAAGUACUCUGCAGACAAGAGAGUCUGUUAACAUAAAAAAAAACAGGGGGAAAAAAAGAUCUGCAUGAUUAAUACUCAGAGUCACAUUAUACAACGCCUGAAUCCUUUUCUGUGCUGCUUUGUCAUUGUCAAAUCUCCUGAACAUGUCAAUGAAAGCGUGUGGAGGUGUACAUCAUGUGAUAGAAUGAGCCGAAUGAAUAAAUCCUCUUCCUUGUUGAGUGGGGGAAUAUAAUCAACAAAACAAAAACAUGUUAUUUUUGCACAUUUAUUUUUUCUACAAGUAUGUCCUGUAUAGGUUUACAUCUCAGUAUAUAUAAUCACCUUUUUCUGUAAUCACAUCUCUGACUCAUAAGUUAGUUUUAUUCUCCCACACUGAAUAAAGUCAGACACUUUGUGUUUGUAUUGAAGGCACAGGCCUGAAGACUUGGUUUUCUUUGCUUUUAUUCCUCUUCUUGUUUUUUUUUUUUUUUUUUUUUUUACAAGAUAUCACAGUUAUUCAGCUCCACAUAAUGUUGAUCGAAUUGAACGAACUAGAAAAUUUUAAUUAUUACUGUUUUCAUUGGAGUGAUAUAGAUUUACAGAUGCAUUCAAGUGAUUAAUUUUAUACUCUGUAACUCUGCUAUAGUCCAAAAACUUCACUGCAGCACAGACAGCCAUGGCGUUAAACCUUAAGCAUGAAACCAUAUGUUGGAUGAUAAAGAGCUUGUUGACAUCAACUGAAUAAACACCGAGUCUUGUUUUGGACUCCUCACACACAGAUCUGAAUUAUAGUUGAUUUUGUCUCGGCUUAUAAACACAAAGUAUUAGAUUUAAAUAUUUGUUUUUGAUGUUCAGUUUUAACUGUGGAUUAUGUUUUUAAGUCUACAUACGUAUCCAGCUCUCGGAUGAUGCCUCUUUUUUCACUGUAGAUAUGUGAUCAUUGCAUGGCUACAAUCCCAGAAAUGAAAUUUGCUUUCCAUUCACUGCAGAUUUGUUUUUUGUUUUUUUUUAAUUUUGUCUCUCAGAGCAUGAAAAAAAUCGCUUGUGCAAGAGUGCCGAUUACAUGAACCUGCACUUCAAAGUCAAGUGGCUGUACAACGAGUACUGCAAAGAUCUGCCCUUCUUCAAGAGCAGGGUGCCUGAAUAUCCUGCGUGAGUACCCGCUCACCCUUCACAGUUUGGCAUCAGCAGUUUUCCCGAGCACGGAGAAUAGAAAAACUGACUACAUAAAAUCCUAAAAUUGUGUGAAUUUUCUGCUCUCCAUAGGUGGUUCGAGCCGUUUGUUAUUCAGUGGCUGGAUGAAAAUGAGGAAGUGUCUCGAGACUUUCUGCACGGUGCUUUGGAGAGAGACAAAAAAGAUGGGGUAAAACUUUAUAGCUUUCCCUCUACUUAUCUCCCCUUCACUCUUCUGGAAACGCUGAGUCGCUGUUGUUGUUAAGGCAGAAUUACUGUAAUCCAUUCUUUGUACUCCCUCUGUCACAGUCAAAGUUAUCAGGCAGAGUUUCAUCCUCCCUUCCGCUCUGCCUCGCACACUCCCCCACCCACCCGCCCACCCCCACCUCUCCUGCGCUCUUCAAAAGAAACAAAAAACAGCAUGGACACUGCUGAACAGUCAGCAAAGCAAAAAGUGCGUUUGAAACAUCCUCUUAGCCCCCGUCAUCCUAUAAAACAACUCCUCUGAAGUUUAAAGAAGCGUGGUCGAGACAUGCUCGUAGGUAAGGAAAGGAUACCUCUUUGUGACAGCGGGAUAUUCUCAGUUAAUGGUCUUAUUCCAGAGUUUUGACUAUAGGAAAGCUAUCCUCACCUCAUUACCCAGACUCCCCCCUGGAGGAGCACCCACACAUUCACCCUGGGCCAAUUACGGAGCAGGCACUAACCAGCUGCCAAUUACACGGAGAAAGACAGGAGCUCCCACCUGUCUCAGGAUGCCCUGUUUGACUAGUUGGCUGUGGUGCAUGUGAGGUUAUGUAGAUGUGGAGAAAGAUAUCAAAGUUCUCUUUUCAAUGGUGUCUAAUAAUCCUUUGACGUGACGUUCGGUACCCUGUGAUCAAACCUCAGUCUUCCUUAUAUCUUAGCUCUCACCUGGUGCCCCCUGGCUCUUUAACUUUUCUCCCUCCUUUUUUCUGCCUUACAGUUCCAGAUCACAUCAGAACACGCUCUGUUCUCCUGUUCGGUGGUGGACGUGUUCUCUCAGCUCAACCAGAGUUUUGAGAUCAUUAGGAAACUAGAGUGUCCAGAUCCGCAGAUUGUCGGACACUACAUGAAGAGAUUUGCUAAGGUAGAAUAAGAAGAAACUGCACUUUUUAGUUGUAUUACACUUUAAGGCUACAUUAUUACACCACAACAUCAUGUUUGAAUUCACAAAUGCGCAAAUCAGCAGUUCCUCUCCACGGGGACUGAUUACCUGUUACUUUUUCAUUUUUCUCCCUUCAGACCAUCAGCAAUGUACUCCUGUCCUACGCUGACAUUAUCUCCAAGUGUUUUCCUAACUACAUCAAAAUGGAGAAAGUGGUAAGCGGGCAAACUUGAGGAGUCAGCUUGGUCAGUUUAGACAAGACAAGCAAUGUGUAUCAGUUAUAAUCGAUUAAUGAAGUUGUUCUUAACCUGCUUGAUAUUUACAUCCUCAGCCCUGCAUCCUGAUCAAUAAUAUUCAGCAGCUGAGAGUUCAGCUAGAGAAGAUGUUUGAAGCCAUGGGUGGGAAAGAUGUGAGUGUUUCUCUCCUUUCUCCCCUAAUUUAAGCUUCCACUCGCAGCAGGUGUUGUUGUUGUUUUUGGUUUUACUUUUGCAUGAAUGUGUUUUGAGUUAGUUUGGGCUUCUUUAUUCCCACAUGUGUUGCUGGCGAUGUUUUCGCUGCUUAAUCCCCUGCCCAUUAACUCCAGCCUGCUGUGUGUUUGUGUGUCUGGAUGUAUUUACUGCAGCUGUGUGAGGAGGCCAGUGAGAUCCUGAAGGACCUGCAGGUGAAGCUCAAUAACGUCAUGGAUGAUCUCAGCAGGAUCUUUUCAGUCAGGUAUAGCAACACAAUCAUAAUGUCAUUCAUACAAAGUCCUUAAUAUUUAGUAUAUUUCACAUUCAGGUUUACUGACAGUGAAGAAUUAAUUGAAACCUUUUUCCUCGAUUUCUUCCAGUUUCCAGCCUCACAUAGAGGAGAACGUGAAGCAGAUGGGAGACAUCUUGGCCCAGGUGAAGGGGAACACAAAUGUGGGAAAUGCCAGCAGUGUGGCCCAGGAUGCAGAUAAUGUCCUGCAGCCCAUCAUGGAGUUUCUGGACAGCAAGUGAGGCAGCCUGCCAUCUAAGUGGAGUGUUAAAGAGACAGCUCAGCUAUGAUUAAUUUUUUUAAGUUUACCAUGGACUGUAUAGAAGACCCAGAAGUAGAUUCUUUUCAGUCCCUCAUUGGUGGAGAAAUGCCAUAAACAACUCUGAGUUUGGUAUUUUCGCCCUGCCAUCCUGUUUUUAGAGAGCUGAGAGGAAAAUAAAUAGAGAGUGGGCACUGCAAAAUAAUCAAAGUUUUACUGUUUCCCACAAAAUCAGAGAUUAUUUGUGGUGAUAGCCAACCACAGCUGUUUGUUUUGUGGAUAAGGAAGCAAUGAGAGCGUGCAAAACUCUGCUCGCCUGUCAUAUAGCCCAAACAAAGUAAAUUAAAAGUACUGGUCCUCUCUGCAGGUAAAAACCAAUGACAGUCCUGUCUGCACUGCACAGAGCACCACAAAAUAUAAUGAACACUGUUUGAGCUGAAAAGCCAGGUAUGCAGCAUACACAGAUACCUGCAUGUUAGAGCUGGGGCCGUUCACCUGCAACGACGUAUUUAAAGGUCUGUUUUUAAUGUGCAAUAUUCACAUUCAAUGAUCUAUUACUGACAACACAAACAUGUCAGAGAGUUGAAGGCCAGCAGUAAAGCAUCUAGCAGUACCCACUCAGCCUUGUCCUUGAUUUUAUAUACAGUUUCACGUAUAUAAAAUAAAUAAUGUUUAUUUUUGCUCUAAAGAUGGUCCAGCAAGAAUUGGCUCACUUUUAGGGCUAGCCUCAAGUGGCCACUUAAGGAACUGCAGAACUGUUUUUCUUUCUUUUUACUUUUUUUGUUGACUUCAUUUCUCAGCUCGAAGUUUCUGCUUCAGUUUCAACCUGAAAUACUCUGAGAUUGUUAAGAAUCAGAAAUGCAAGUUUGUCCUGAGCGGUUAAAAAAGGGACUUUGUGUAACCCUCUCCUUUUCAUUAAAACUCCCUCUCUCUUCAUCUUUUAUUCCUCCAUGAACAGGGUUUUCUUCUUCCUCCUCCUGCUGUUCAUUAAUCAUCUCUCACUGACUUCCUCUGUCUGCCCCUCCUGUCAGCCUGACUUUGUUUGCUAAGAUCUGUGAGAAGACCGUGCUGAAGCGUGUGCUAAAGGAGCUGUGGAAGCUGGUGAUGAACACUAUGGAGAAGACCAUCGUUCUGCCGCCGCUCACAGACCAAACGGUGAGAGAACUCACACUUACAAAUACACAUAUAGAGACAUACAGCCACACACACACACACACACACAUAUACUGGCCAUGAUAAUGCAGAGCCACACAUGCUGUUUUGGCACCUAUAGCUGACUCUGCCUGCUGUCCAUGCAAGCAGUGAUAUUUAUUUUUAGUCUGCUUAACACACACACACACAUGCACACACAUUUAGGAACUCUUUCCCUCCUAUGUUCUGGUGGAUACGGCACUAUGAGAAACGACAGAAAACCAUGUAAAACAUACAACACACAAUCACCCACACAUGUUCAAAUACACACCGACACACCUCCAACUGCCAAGGCAGCAUCAAAAGAAAAGGAGGAGGUGGAGACUGAGGAAAGGGAAUACAAAGGCAGACAUUUUAUGUGUGUGAUUAUUUGAGAUGGCCCUCAAACACACAAAAAGAUCAAACUGCUUCAGCAUCACAUCGACAUGGCAUCUGAUCCACUUUCUUAACCCCCACACAUAUUUAACGUCGCCCCCAGUGCCUCCAUUCAUCUAGACAAUCAAGAUCAAACCCUUUAAGAGAAAAAAAAGGAAUAAAAGGAGUGCACCAUAUCAUUCUAACACCAGCUCAUGGCUGCUCUCCAGCAUGUCAGCCAACCAUUAUUUGGAGAGAUUCCUGAUUUAUGAGUAACUCACUACAGAGCGGCAGAAAAUUUCUUGCCCAGAGGAUCUGGCCUAGUUCCAAAAAGAGUCAUACAUUUUGGAAAGCAGCCGAUUGUUUCCUUUUGUUUUGGAUAUAUGUGUUCUUAUUUGUGUUUGGUUAUUGACUAAAGAGCCUCAUAUCAUAGUAAAUAUACUGUAUGAUGGUAGUUAAUCUCUGGAUUGUCGAUGUCAACACUGCAGCUUCAGCCUCGGUAAACCAUAUCUCUGUACUAAGCCCCUGUCAAAUACAGUAAGUUAAGUUGAAUUAAAAGACGACAAAAAAAUUGCAAUGUGUGCAAAUGUCAUAUACUGCUCUUGAGAUAAAAUAUCUCAUUUUAUGACGGAUCUUGAGGUAAUGAUACUUUAUCGAUCUGGUGGACUUCCCUCCCUCCACACUUGUGUGUUUUUUUUGACUGAUGUGGGGCUCUUUGCAGCUUGACUGACCCUUUUCUCUGGUUGUUGUUGUUGUUGUGAUUACAAUUACAUCCCGCUCCCACCGCUCUCCCUCCACAGAUGAUUGUAAGUACAGCUCUCCUGCGUGUCUGUCUGUCUGUCCGUCCACGGUGGUUGGUUCUCUGCUAUAUGUGGCUGCGAUCUUCCCCUGUUUUUUACCCUACAUCACACCCGCUCCCUUCACGGACCUGUCCCAUCUGUCUUUCUACCUUCUCUUCUCUUCUCUUCUCUUCUCUUCUCUUCUCUUCUCUUCUCUUCUCUUCUCUUCUCUCCUCUUCUCUUCUCUUCUCUUCUCUCCUCUCCUCUCCUCUCCUCUCCUCUCUACAACACUGUCCCUCUUUUGAGAAGACAGAAGCAUGGUGCAUUCCUGACUGGUUCUGAUAGGUCCUACACCCCCAACAAUCCAAUCAAAGCCCCUCUCUCUUCUGCUGUGUCUUCUUCCUGAACACUCUCCUCAAACAGGAAGUAGUACUCCUCUCUUUGCGCCUGGUGUUGCCUUGUUUCUUCUCAUGCAUUGUGUCCUUUUACUGAAACUCUGGUGGGGUGACUCCGAUCUCUUGCUGGCUUGGUAUCUGGUGUCCUGCCCCACCUCCAGCCCUACCUUUUUUUACCUCUUUCCUACCUUCACCUUCCCCACCUGUUUGAACCGUGUCCCGCCCUUCCCCCCACUACCCACUGUGGGUUUGUUGCUUGCAUCUGAUCUAUUUCAACACUGAAGUCUUCUCUCAGUAUACUGUACAGCACUGUACUGUAUGUCUUUGCAGACCUGUCAUGUUGGUCUGUCCUGGUUUGAUUUUGUGUUCUGUUGUUGCUAUGACGAUUGUAUUGCUGGUAUUAUGUCACUGGUCCUGUUACAAAAAAAAAUGGCUUUUCUUACAAGAACUAUUGGUUUAAGCUGAUGCUGAUCAAAAAUGGUGAAAUCCAAUCAGGAAACAAGAGAGUUACUCCUUAAGGUUUAUGUUUUUUAUGUGAAAAUUUCCUUACAUAAAUAUUGAUAAAAUGACCGGGGUCACAGUUGACCCCUCCUUCAGGAAUGAAUGCUUUACAUUUAACAUAAGGGCGUUCAUUGAUAACCUGUUCUGAUCGUGAGUGUAUUUAUAAAAGGCAAACAAAAGAAAAAAUGCUACAAAUCAAGUGACUUGAUAUAUUUUUUUUCUACUUGCUGGAUAAAUUUCUGUUUCGGAAGCAUAUGAUCUGUAAUUUGGCUAUUUAUUUUAACUUAGAUUACUCAAAUUUGUGCCUAAUUUGUUGGAGAAAUAUCGGCUUUUGAUUGUGCAAUGUUGAUCAUGCAACGAUAAUCGUGACUUUUGUGACUUCAUAUGUAAAGAUGGGGCUUAAAAAACAGUUUGUAGCACAGAGCUUCAUAAAUUUUUAGUUUUUAUUUUAACUAUUUGUAUAUUUCAAAGGAUGGAUUUAACCUUUCACAUUGAUUUCAGGAUUCACUUCAACACAAACAACUUUUGAGUUUCUCUGUUGGCUUCAGAGGUUCUGGUAGAUUAAUUUAAUAAUGCCAUGGUUGUUAAAUUCAACUGUUCUCCAACAGUAGACUAAGCCAGACUUAUCAUCUCUUGACGUUAUCUCUGUACUUAACAGACCAAUAUCAUCAUGCUUAGAUCCUCUCAUUUUGCCCUAACUGGGUUAGGUGGCAAGUACAAUCAUUUUUUUCCACAUACCACACUUGUUUGCAAGUCAUUGUGGAUUAUAUAUGACUUUUGGAUUUUUACUAAAAGUUUUCCCUUUGAUAUGAGAUUGUCUAAAUAGAUCUGCGCACUAUUUUGUGAAAGUAUGACUUGCAUAUUUCUGGGCUAAUUCUGUCAGCAUCCGUUUUAUGUCUUGUCGGCAUGAAUAUUGUUCCUCUUCUGCAAAUUGUUUGACUCCUUUUUUUAUGAUAGGGCAGACCAUCUGUUGCUGUUACGCUGAAGGGCUAGCUUAAUGGUAGAUUGAUAGGAGUUGAUACGAUUAGCAGUAGCAAGAAACUGAGGAUUUUGCCAAAUCGAAACGUAAUGACAAUGAUUUCAUGUUCUCAUGCCAUAGAGAUGCUAUAAGCAUGAAGUCAGAAUGCAGGCACUGGUGUUUGCUUGAAGUAUUAACCACAUGCUCUCUUUCCAGGGGAGGCUGAAGAGUGCUUCUCACAGUGAUGUAAGGACUAAACCCCUUUAGAUCAAUGUGUCUUGUCUCUCUCCUAUAUGUCCUCUCUCCUCUCCGUGUCUCCGUCUCUCUUCCUCAGCUCGGCAGUCAAACAAAGCAGUGGAAAACAUUGAUUUUCUCACUUUUGUUUUUCACACAACAUUCCUCUGUAGUGCUGUUGAUAUGCUGUGAAAUGCUGCAGCAGUGGCUGCCCACACUCCCAACACUCACCACAGGUCAUACACUCUGAUAUGCAGUACAUCUAAACAUUCGCAGCUAAAACGCAACACAAAGUCAUAAGUCAAGGAGUUCACUUCUCUUUUUGAUCCUACCUAAAUUUUAAACCACUGGUAUAUGUUACAAUCCCUGUUAGCAUUGCUGUGAGCCAUCACAAUUACUAUCGCUAUUGUUCAGAUAUAAUGAUUUACCCAUGAGGAGAAUUUAUGUUUGUGUUUUGUUUUAUUUCAAGCAAGUUACUCGGGACUAACUACUCAAAGAUAACUAAGUAGCACCGGAGAUUCCAAAACAAAGGCAUAUCUCAGCAGCCAAAGACAGAUUUUGAAGGUUCAGUCAGCAGCACUUACCUAAGUAUUCCCUUACCAGAGUAUUGCAUUAGGCUGGACCUCCAGUAAAUUCCUCCGUGCACCACGUGUGCGCCUGCACGUGUGUGUUCAUGAGUGCAUGAGUACUUUUAAUUUCUAAGAGCUGAGCCACUUUCCCUUCUUUUUGUACCAAAAUGUCUUACUGUGUGUGGAUUUGUGCAGUGGAGUGUGAUAUUUUAGAAUAAAUAUGAAACACAGAUAAGUGUGAUAACAGCACAGGAAAAAGUGCCUUGACGUGUCUAAAGCGGCUUAGAGUGACUCGAUGAAUGUGUGUGUCAGAAACGUUGCUGUCCUGUGUGUGACACUAAGCCGCUCACUGCGUUUCAGCACCGUCAUGAUAAUAACAAGCGUUUUCUCUCUCCUCCUGUCUACCUUUCAUCUAUCUGUCAUUUUCAGGGCACUCAGCUCAUCUUUAAUGCCGCCAAAGAGCUGGGACAGCUGUCCAAACUAAAGGUACGAUGUGUUUUACACCAUAUUUCUCCGGGAUGGGUGUGAGUGCCGUAGAAAUGCCUCUAAUUGCUCGGAAAACAUGAGACAUUUGUGUGUAAACAGAGUGGCAACUUUGGUCUGUUUUCUUGUUCCUGUGUUAUCCUCAGGAACACAUGGUUCGUGAGGAGGCUAAAGCACUCACACCGAAGCAGUGUGCUGUGAUAGAGCUGGCCCUGGACACCAUCAAGGUACUCUGUAAUUUUCAUUUUAAAUAACAGUGACUGAAGCUUUAGAAAUCAGAUUACUUUCUACAUGCCGCUCGUCACACAAGAGUCAUGAUUAGAGUCAUGAUUGCAAGAGUCACAUGUUCAAUCCCCUCAAGAAUGAGGACUUAUUUUGUGGUUUCAUGGCUCUGUUUUUGUUUUUUUAGUUUGGUCAUUCAAGAAAGUUUACUUUAUUUCUUAAUGUAAGUGCACUUUGUAUGAAACUAAAGCAUUAUGGCCACUGUUCUUAUUACACUGGUUGUAUGAUGAGUUCCUGGUCCUAUUUGGUGCAUACAACCCCUAACUCUGUGUUCAGGUCCUCCUAAAUAAAGCAUGUAGCACCUGAUGCUGAAGAUUACCUGUAUCUCUGAUAGAUAAUCUAUGACCAAAGUUCUUGGCUAAAUUAACUUAAUAACUGACCCUAUUCCAAAAUGAAGAUGAAACUUCCCACUGGGCAAUAGACUGCUAUUAGAUGGCUAGGGUUUUUUUUAGAUAUAAUUUCAACCGUCUAGGUUCUGUAUAUGUUCAGACGGAAUUUAGAUGUUGCACUUUAACCCGUUAUUCAAUGAUUAUUUAUUUCAAAAAGCAACUGUGAGUUGCAUAACUUAUCUCCAAGCACUCAACCAAAAUAAUUAUGAUAGCCAUUGAGCAAUAUACAGAGUAGACCCCUGUUAGCCAGUUAGUCUAAACUUGGUCUAAAUUUAGACAUCUAAAAAAACUUUCAUUUUCAGACCUGUGGUAGCCUGAGUUUAUGUAGAUGUCUGUUAGACCUCUUUUAGACCAAAAAAUGCUCAGUGGGUUGAUGGUUUGAAAAUCAUUUCAAUCUUUUUUAUUGUUUAAAAAAGUGUAGACAACAUAUCAAAUGUUAGGAGUAAAAGUGUUGUCUAAAAAAAGAUUAGAUGCUCAUUUCUAAUUUGAUGCCAGCUAUACAUUUUAGAAAAUCUGAGUUUAGGGAGUAGUUUACAGUUGUGUUGCAUUACCUCUCUUUCAACAAACUUCUGUAAAUGUUGAAGAAUUGAAAAGAUCAGUCUAGAGUUUUGCCUGAUCAAGGAUUUGAGCAGCUCAACAGUUCAGGGUCUCCUUUUUUUGUUGUAUCUUUCAUUUCAUGGUGCUGCACCAAGUAUUUUCAGUGGAUGGCAAGUCAGUACAGCAGACAGGCCAGUUUAACACCUGAAGCCUUUAACUGUUGUAAUAAAUACAAAACGGGGUUUAGCAUCGUCUCUCUAAAAUAUACAAGGUCUCCCCUGAGGAAGGCAUUGUCUGGAUGGCAGCAUAGGGUGUUUAAAGCUAUCUUUAGUGCUCAGCAUUAAUGUGUGUAAGCUAUCCAUGCCAUUGGCUCUUAUGGAACACUAUACUUAUCUCAUAAUGAUGGCUUUUGAUGUGUGAGCUGAUAACUACCUGGGUGGUCCCUCUUCUCUUUAUGUGGAGGAUGUGACAAAGGGGCAGCAAAAAAAUGUCAUAAUUUUGAUGUAGAAAGCUGCAGGACAAUUUCCCACGUCACCUCAGGCCACCUUAAAUUGGCUGUAGCCAGGAGGAGUCACAAACGUUUCUGGGGCAUGUUAACUUAUAGUUUUCUCUUACUGCAGUUAUGGAUGCAGAAUAAACCUGUGCUCAAAAACUAAAGUGUUUUUGAAGUGUUUUUGAGCCCGUGCAAUGAUUUCAGCGACUGUCAUAUCUAUUUUUAAAGCAGUGCCUCCCUAAGGCCUGAAGAUCAUAGUCAUCGGGUGUUGUUUUUUUGGCCUUGUCCCUUUUGUCCAGGUCCUCUGAAUCUUUUCAUGAUGUUUUGCACAGUAGGUGGUGAAAUCCCCAAACUCUCUGCAGAGGAAUAAUUUUCCAAAACUGUUGAACUGUGUACUCAUGCGCCCUCCCACAUAGUGAUGAACCUCUUUCCACGUCUCCUUCUGAGAGUCUGUCUGAAAUAUUCCUCUUAUACCGAGUCAUGCUGCUCACAUUUUGCCCAGUUAUUCUAACUGGUUGGUAAAUACUCCUCCAGGAUAUUUUAGUCUUAUUUCAACUGGCAUUAGAUUUAAAAUGAGUCCAUAUAUUUUUAUAAAACUGAGAAAAAUUUCUGUAUGUACACUUGAUUUGUUGUCUGUCUAUUUUAAGUUAAAUCUAAGAUCUAAGCUUUGAACAAUUUUAGAUUAGAAUGAAGUCAUGAAAUGUCCAGCUGUGGUCUAAUUCUUCUGCUUCUCUGUUAGCAAUAUUUCCAUGCUGGAGGUGUGGGACUGAAGAAGACUUUCCUGGAGAAAAGUCCUGACCUUCUGUCUCUCCACUACGCCCUGUCGCUUUACACUCAAGCUACUGACAAACUCAUAAAGACUUUUGUCCAGUCGCAGACAUCACAAGGUAACCUGAACGCCUCCUCUCUCUGUCUUUGGGAAAUUUUUGAUCCUCUGUAUUUCUAGUUUCUUCAUUUUUCUAAUCUUACAUAAUUUUCAGAUUCAGAUCACUUGUUCAUAGCUUUUUCAGAGGACCUUCUCUGCUGUGUCUGUUGUCGCAGGGUUUUCUAAACACUCAGCUUUAUACCCUGAAAAUAUUGUAUUAUUGUAUCGCAUGAAGUGGCUACAUAGCAUUUCUCCUGCUCCAAUAUGCUGAGUCUCCUGGUAUCCAGUCUCUGGAAACGCGGAGACUUUUCUUUACAUGAUCUGACAGCUAUUUGCAAUGAAAGAAUAAAUACCCGCCCCCUCUUUUCUCUCGCUGCUCAGCCUCCAUCCUCCAGUCAGAUUGCUACAUAACAACCAUCAUCUCUGUGGAAGAGCUGAUGCUGGCAUACUGUCCCUGAGCACCACGGGUAGAAAAGCCACUCGAGUGGAUGGUAGUUUAAAGUUUAAUUAGCUAAAUACUGUUCAGUUCAUGGGGCAAGGAGUUUUCACUGCAGCUUUGCAUGUUUGAGGAUUAUGCAGAGUCUUCAAAGAAUCUAGAGGAGAAAAAGGGCUGAAUGAACCUAAAGUCUUCCUAUCAGGAUGUCUCACAUCUUUAGGGGGCGUGACACAUGAAUGUUGGUCUGUUUUUGUUUUUUUUUUACUUUCUGCAAACCUCAUAUUUCUACAUGUUUCUUCUCUCCCUGUCCAACUCCCCCUUUUCUGUCCCUUCUUUGGGUCAGUGUUCGGCGGGAAGGGGGUCAGGUUCACCACUAGUGAGGAUGUUUACCCAGAAAAGGGUAUGUGGCACUCAGGCUCAGGGCUUGAGACAUCCAGGACUACCGGAGAGCUUUUUCAAAACCAAAGCCCAACUCCCUCCACCCGCCACCCCGAAACCAUGUGCAUCCUGAAACUCCCCCCCUGCCUGCUCAAACUCAUCCCAACAAGAUAAAUGCAAUGCACAAACUGGACAUACUUCCUCUCUUUAUCUCUCUAUCUCUGCAUUUCCUCUGCACACAAACACUGUUCAGCCCACACUAACAAUAAGAACAUAGACUUUAUGCAUUCAUGCAUGUAACGUACACACUGAUGUCUGUGAGGGGCUGCACUGAAUACAUACGACAGACUGUAUGUAUGAGCAGACACUGACGCAUGAUGUGCUGACAUCAGACAAAAAUAAACAGAAAUGCAUUAAAGUUCGGAAGAAUCCUGAUCCAGCAUGGUGCCACAGAGAGCCCCGAGGGCAGAGCGAGAAUGUGUGUGUGAGCUUGUGCGUGUUUACACGUGUGCGAGAGGAAAAGAGAGUGACUGAUCAGCAGUUGCGCCCGGGCGAGAGCGUCCUGAAGGUUGAUGAAGCAGAAGCUCGGCGUAUUAGUGUAUUGUCCGUCUCCAGUGAAGAAGACGGAGAGGGAACCCCCACGAUGUUUCCCCUCUCCCGCUGUGUGUGUGUGUGUGUGUGUGUGUGUGAAGUGAAAGACACUGAUGAAGAGGAUUAUUAUGAGGAUGAUGAUGGCUGUUGGCUCAGUUUGUCUGGGAGGGCUUCCUGUCCUUGCCUGCUCUGUAAUCACACACAAACACAGGCUGAGAUGGACACACACAAACAAACGCACACAUACACUGCUCCCACGUGCAGGGCGGCUCUCCCUACAGCAAUGAUGAGAAAUGGCUACUCAACUCAUCCCCCCCCCUCUACAGAUUAAGCCAAUCAGAAGCAGUCCCUCAGGUCAGGUGAUCUGAUUUCUGUCACUUUGGGUUAAUAUCAAAAAGAUCUGACUCUUACUCACUACACUCACACAUGAUGAAGCAGGAGCUGUGCGAUUUUAGCCUUCACAUUUUCAUGCAGACUUUAUUUAAAGGUGACCACUUUUAGUCUUUUCAGUUUUCUUUACAUAGACCGAGAUCCUAUACAGUUGCUCUGCAUCAUUUUUAGCAAAAAUAUAUAUAUACAUAGACAUAAAUAUUCAUCUCUACUUGCAUCCAUGAAAAUCUAAUUUCAGCACAAUUCAGCCUCUGCCAGAAACGCUUCAUUUUGGCUCCUUUUCAGUGAUAUAAAGUUAGACACAGCUUGUGGGAGUUCAUUUUCACAGAGCUUUGGAGUCACAAAAUGACCAGAAAACCUCCAAAGCUAGCCAUUAGCCUGUUAGCUCAUCAUUAUACGUUUAGUUUUGCCACAAUACCUGCUGUUUUAAUGUUACAUACAGUGAAGUUUCCAGCAUUUAUAGAAGGUAUUUAUUGAGGGAACGGCCCCAAGAGUCCAGUUACGAGAUGCAAAUGCGGUUUAUUCAGACCUUUAUUUAUUUAGAGUGCAGAGCAGAGGACUAAAAUGGGCCAUCAGUGCUGAAGAGAACUGGAACAAGCUUCGUGAUGUGCUUGUCCUUGUAAGAGCUGUACUAGAGCUCCUGCUGGGUGAGCGUAUACUUCGACAUUUUCCAAAUAGGACAGCAGAGCCUGAUGUCAGGUUCAGGACAAGUCUCACUAGUUCAUGAACUGUUAAGAGAAACCGGAAGUAAAUCAGGAGGUUUUUUCGUCUCAUGAUUUAAAACCUCCCAGAGGUUUGGCAAGGACAUCCAACGCUGUGACAUGAUCGACAUGAAUCAAAAUACAGAUCAGCGAAAUAGGUCUCCUUCAACAAUUUUAUUUAAUGCUUAAAAAUCUUUCUUUAAACAUGAUUGUCUAAUCCAGAAUUUUUAUCACUACUGAGAGUAAAGUCAAGUCAGAUUGAAUCAUUUCAAAAUUUAGGCUUGUAAAUUUCUCAUUUAAAGCUCCUGUGAGGAACUUUCAGUUUGCACCAGUUUUGGCACCCCCUGUGGUCUGAGCACUCUUUGCUCUUCUUGCCCCCUACAUGCUUAAGUGUCCUCUGAUAAAAGAUCUCAUCCUGCUGACUGUUACCAUCAUAUUUUGCAUUUCUUGUGAGUAUUUUAAACAGGGCCAUGUCUUCAGCUGCUUGGCUGACCAUUAAAAAAUAUAAUAUAAAUAUCUUUAAUCCUUUUUUUGUUGAUGGCCUUGUUUGCUUUUGUUUAUCAUAAAAGGCAUCUGUGUGAAUCCCACUAUAUUUCAUAAACAUCAACAAACUCCUCACAGGAGCUUGAAGCUACUUGAUUACAUUUAUUAGCUGUUUCCUUAUCAUAAACAUAAAGCACCCUUGAGAAACGUGUAGUUUGUGUUGAUUUUAGUGCCCCCUCUGGACAAAGUUGUAACUUUUUUUAAUGAUUAUUGUCUUGUACAUGGGCAGGUCCCCCUUUUCAACCCAAAAAUCUCAUCUUUGUUUAAUUGACAUUAAAAGUGUGACACUCACGGAUGUAGAAAAUGAGACAGGAGGCUUUUAAUUGUCCUGUCUGACACCCAUCCCACUCCAGUGACAAGAAUUACAGACAGUGUUGACAGAAAUGGAGAGAAGCAUUUAUUUCAGUCUAGUCUAGUCUUUCUAUCACCUUUUUUUAAGUUUUAGGAGAUUUUUUCUCAAUAAAAACACGUUAUCACAGCAUCCCUCAUCCUAUUUGAAUGUAACAAGCAGAAAAGUAAGAUAAAAUAAUAGAGACUGGAUCCCCAAUCCUCGUUUUCAUUAGCUUAUGAAAUUCAAACUAAUGUGCUUUCUCUUGCUCCCUUGUGGAGGUGUCUUUCAAAGCACUGUGUCUUCUGCCUUUCUACCAGCUGCUGGAUGUCCUUGGUUAUAACCACGAUGGAAAUCAUCUUCCUCUAAAGCAGAUUUCAGUGCAGACAUCUGCAGUUUUUCCUACCGCUUUACAGUGAAUGAUUGAAAGAUGAACAGGAUGACUCAACAAAGCUCAGGGGAAUUUCUUCUCAUGUAUCUGCUGCUGCUGAUCAUUGAGGGCUGUCAUUCCUUUGACUGCAGGCUGUGAGCUGCCUCAUUAGAAAACGAAGUAAUCAAGGGUCAUUUGUUAUCGUAGGAAGCUUGGGUGACACCGGAAAAAUCAUAGAUACAAAUUUGAGAUUUAAUUGUGUGUUCUGGGGAAGAUUUGCAGUAUGCUGCAAAGUUUAUACCUCUGAUCGCUGUGUUUAUCGGAGAAGAAAGCAUGCGUUUUCUUGGCAACAUCUUUCUGCCUCCUAGCCAGCAAAGUUUCUUUCUCAUCUUUCGUGGACAUCCUCCACAGAGGAGACAAGGCCAGAUGGAUGGCUGCUGCUCUCUUUGGUCCUGUUGGCAGCAAGAGCAACAAUCCCAUAAUGCUCCCUGGAGAGAUGCAUGGAGCAGCAUGCCAGGAACACUCGGCCGUCUAACUCCCACAGACACCUUAUUUAGUAGGCGGCUGGUUGAAAACACACAAAGAUACACACACAUAUACACAGACUGCUGGUCUUUACCGCAACGAUAUCGUUGACACAAGUUAAAACACUGAAAAUUCAUGUCCAUCUGUCACUGUAUCCUGGAUCUCAACCACUUUUUUCACGUGCAGCAUAAAAACCACACAGAGAUGCAGAGACACCCUCUCAGACAAAAGAGUUUCAGCCUGACAAGAGCCAUCAAUGUCCUCAUUGCUCUUGAACUGGAUUACAAAUACAAGUACAGAGCGAGGGACCCAAAGACCUGAACAGUGUGUCAGAACAAGAGUUGGGUAUCUGAUAUCAGAGAGGAACAACCUCUUUCCACCUUUUUAGGAUUUGGGUUUAAAAUGACAAAAAAAGGAAAAAAAAAUUACCUCUAAUUACUCUAACUAUUUGAAAUCGCCUUAUUUUGAAUAGUUAGAAUAAUGCUGCGCUCAAGUUACCUCAGAAGUUAGAUGUCCAAGCUGGGAAUGACGUCACAACAGAGUUACCAGUGUUUCAGUUACCAAGUCGGGAAAAAGGCAAAAUCAGAGGCAAAAGUUAUUUUAGUUAUUUUAAGUUAUUUUAGCACUUGUCAUUUUAACUUAUUUUAGCGCUUGUUAUUUUAGUUAUUUUAAGUUAUUUUAGCAUCCCCUUUUGUAGAUGUAGCCAUCUUGUUUCUGCCUCCAAUUUUGCUUUUUUCCGACUUGGUGACUGAAACGCUGGUAACUCCGUUGUGAAGUCAUUCCCAGCUCCGACAUCUGACUUCCGAGGUAACUCAAACGCAGCAUUAGAUAUACCAAAUUUAUCCUCGGUAUGAAUAAAGUAUUCUGAUUCUGAUGAUUACGUUGAUUACAAAGUGUUGGUAAAAUAAAACUCUCCUGGAGUAAGUUUGUUAUUCAAAAAUAGAACUUAAAAUGUCCCUAAAAGUUUUUUUAAAAUGUAGCACUAAAACAACAAUAACACUGUCUUAUCCCUGUCUUCAUGUCAAGUUCUAAGAACCUAAACGAAUUUCACAGGAAAUAAAAAAAAAAAACUUCCACAUUUCAGGCCAAAGGUGUCCUAUUUAUGUUGUUCAGAUGAAAACAGAUAGUAAAACUCCACUUGGGAAACAUAGAGAUAUUUUCAGUUAAAUGCAGUUGUCGAGAAAUGUUUGAAAAUGUGGUUCUUACACAUCUUGACCCGAAUUCUAACCCCGCAGACUUCAGAAUCUUCAGAAAAUAACUUCUAACUUUGAGCAUUUGGUGAAAGUCGUGCCAUCCCUCACCAACUAAUCUGAGGGGGCUGGAUUGCUUCUCUCUCCUCCCCCUCUCCUCUGACCAUACUUGGGUAAAAGCCUUUACCAAGGAAUGGCUGCGUCCACCUGUCUCGAUCCAUCUGAGCAUGUUUUGACCUAAUCUACGUCAGGGGAACGUCACUGUCACUUGACCUUUCCAACUUUCUCUCCUUUAUUCUCCUUCUCUGCCUGUGAAUAACCACCCUGCAUCCUCACAGACACCUGCGUCUAUGAGUGGGCACAAAUUACUGUCCUCACUGGAAACAAACUAUUACCUGCCAACGGCUGGAUCUGCACACAGUGAGUGACUAAUGAUGGUGCAGUGUCUUACAGGGGGACAUGAUGACAUUUUUACUGUUACAGUGAUUAUACUGCCGCUGGUUUGCUGCUAUUUGCGGCUUCAUACAUAUACCUGCAAAUAAGUCAUAGCCCUCUAUUUUACAUUUGAUAGCCGUUCUUUCCUGUAUCGAGACACUGAUGCCCACUCAUAGCAGCUUUGUCUGACUGUCCACUUCCAGACCACAACAUAUGCACAAACAGAACACUGUGCCUUCAGUCAAGCUCUCCUGCCACACCGUUGAGCAAAAAAAAAACAACGCUCAUCUUGUAAAUUUCUUUUUGCUUUUCUAAGCAACAUCCAAAGGUUAAAGACAAAUCUGUUUCAAUGCUUUUAUUCACGAUAAUUGAAAUGGAAUCGGUCUGCAGCCUUUCAAAAUAAGUAGGAGAAUUUUGGCAAAAAGAUGCACAGUGAUUUGUAGAGUGUUUGGUCUGUGAUAGGAGCAUUAAGAGUCCAUAUUUCCACAUUCAAAGACAUUAACAUGGCUCUCACUCUUGCCUCUGCUCUGACAGGCACUGGGGUGGACGAUGCUGUAGGAGAAGUGUCCAUCCAUGUGGAGGUGUUCACCCACCCCAACACCGGGGAGCAUAAGGUCACAGUGAAAGGUAAAGAAAAAGGAUUAUAGCUCUGUUUGUCUUCAAAAGGUCAUACCAGAGCCAUCGCCAAAGAAACGACACUGUAUAAUUAAUGAAAUGCCUCACUGUCAAUAUGCUGGGAGGGAUAAUCUGAGGCUCCUCUUAGAGACCGGUUCUUCUUCAUUCAAGGGUUUAUUCAGCACAGUACAGUAUGUACGUAACCCAGUGCGAGAGAAGAGUCUGAUUUCCUAAUAAUUUAAAUCCUUAGUCUUCAGCUUCAUUGUCUGAAAAAAAAAAGAAUUAGAUAAGAGGCCACAUGAAUAACCUUUAUUUUCUUGUUCUUCAUAUUCUCCUCUCUCACGCUUUUUCUCACUUCUCACACGCACAUCUCUCUCUGGCUUUCUCACUCUCCCACACCUUCCCACUCUCUUUUACUCUGUCUUCUCUCACUCUCCUUUCUUUCUUUCGCUCUCUCUUUCACAGUGGUGGCUGCCAAUGACCUGAGGUGGCAGACGCAGGGAAUAUUCCGGCCUUUUGUCGAGGUCUUCAUCAUCGGGCCUCACCUCAGUGACAAGAAGAGGAAAUACGCCACCAAGUCCAAGAACAACAGCUGGGCUCCAAAAUACAAUGAGACCUUCACUUUGUGAGUAAUGAGGCUGAGAAGAGGUCCAAGUUUUCUUUAACCUAAAGAUACAACAACAUAACUACACUAUGUUUGAACUCGAUGUUCAGUAGAGUAUCAUCCGCAUAGAAGAUACUCAUCUCCGCCCUAAGAUCAGAGAACAGGACUGCAGAUCGUUUUAUCUGGUUCAUAGUAGAGUAUCAUCUGCAUAGAAUAUGAAUUGAAAUGGUGACAUAGUAGUACUUUAAUGCCCAAAAACUAUGAAGCUCAGUAUUAAAAAAGUUGAAUAAUACAUCUACAAUGAAAUUAUAAUCCUGUUUUUUUGAAUUGGCCUAUUUGUAAUGAUUUCCUAGUCUUAGGCUAUGUUCACACUGCAGGUCAAUUCCAAUUUUUUAACCAUAUGUGACACAUAUCUGAUUUUUUCAUGUAAGUGUGAACAGUGCAAUUCAGAUUUUUUCAAAUCCGACCCAGGCCUCUUUUGUAUGUGGAUAUAAAUUGGAUAUGUAUCCGAUGUGACUGCAGUGUGUACACUCAGGUUGCGUUUAUCCGACCUAUACGUCAUCAAUAUGCGACAAACGUCACCAUUGUUCAACAACACAAACAGGCGUGGAAAGCAAUGGCUGGCGAGGAAACAGAGAACAGCCAGUGGCGAAAAGAAGAAACAUUAGAGUUAAUAAAUAUAUAGGGAGAUUGGUCAGUUCAAGCCAAAGUAGAGGGUUCAUACUGUAACCGGGCGGUGUUCGAGGCGUCACAUCCUGCUUUGUGGGCAUGCGGGUCACUUCACGGAUGCAUUCCGUUCACAUUAGAUGCCGCAUAAGUUGUUGUAAUGUGAACGACCGCACAAAAAGAUCGGAUUUAACAAAAAAUCUGAAUUGUGCAUCAUAACCUGCAGUGUGAACGUACCCUUAGUCCAAAUAAUAAUUACUUUUUACUUUUUCAUCAAUGCUUUUUAUUAAAAAAAACUUUGAAUUUCAUUGUUUUUACUGUGCUGUUUUCCAGCUGUUGCAAGAUUGUAUCUCUUGUUUUUAUUGUUGUCCCUUAUUUUUGUCUGUUCUUAUGUCAAGUGCAAUGAGAUGCAUGUAGGCAUUUUUAUAAAAUCGGUGAAAUGAAGCUGCAUUUUCCCUUGACUUCCCCAGCACCCUGAGCAGUGAGGUGGGUCCCGAGUGCUACGAGUUGCAGGUGUGUGUGAAGGACUACUGCUUCGCCCGAGAGGACCGCACCGUAGGCAUGUCUGUCCUGCAGCUGAAGGACGUGGCCUCCAAAGGCAGCGCCGCCUGCUGGCUGCCACUGGGCAAACGCAUCAACAUGGACGAAACCGGCCUCACCGUCCUACGAAUUCUCUCGCAGCGCAACAAUGACGACGUGGCCAAGGAGUUCGUCAAGCUGAAAUCUGACCAGCGCUCUGCGGAGGAAGGCCGCGGUUAAGAAGGCAACAACAGCCCUUCCUCAGCUCAAUCAGACUUUGACAUCUACUGCCCUGGAGCUCCUCUGAGCCACUGCUAGCCACUGCCCUGAUGAUCCGGUGUUGUAAAAGCACAGAUAAGACAACAGUAACACACAUCCAGUGCUUUAAAUUCAUUCACUUCAGUGGAAAAGACAGAUCACUAAACAAAUCAUUACUUAUUUUUUUAUAAGAGAACGGUGUCUUUAUUGUUGCAGAUAUUUUCAGCCAUCUUUAAUGAACAAAGCAUGAAGUUUAAUUACAGAGAAUAUAUCUACUAUCUUCUGUCUACAGAGGUUAGUAAUGAUAUUAAAAACCCACAAACACGCGCAAGCAUGCCCUGAUCGUCAAGUCAGGGUGACACACAUCUUGUAGCCUUGAAUAUUUUUUCAUAUUUUCUCACUUUUUUCCUGCCUCUUUGCUUUCCCCCUCUUCUUCUCUCUACUCCACUCCCUCCCUUGGCCUGCACCCACUCAGAAAGGCACCGCAAGUGCCAACAGAUAAUCCGUGAAAUAUGCCAAGACCAGCCCUGAGCACAACGGGACCAACUGUCCAACAGACCUAUUGACAACAACAAAACGGCUGCAAGGCCUGAAACAUUCCAGAUUUCACCAAACAGGAACAAAGCAAUAUUUAGUUAUGAUAGUUUUAUUCUUUAUUUUACCGCUUUCUUCUAAAUUAUAUUUAUAUUGAAAUGAUUAUAUAUAUAUAAAUCAUAGUAUGAAAUAUAUAUAAGGAAGAUGUGUGUAAAGUUACAUAUAGGAUUUUUCACUGAGCGUGUGGUAAAGAAAGAACGAUAGUCUUUGUCUUUUCGUCCGUCUACCCUGUAACAGAGCACACUGCCUGACACCCACAAUGCCUUCUGUCUCGUUGACCCUCGUACAGUUCACCCGUCUCCUAUACUGCAGCUGUAUAGAGAGACGAAUCUGAUGAAAACACGCCUUUCAUCAGACUUUAUAUGUGUAUAUGUGAGUCUCAGGGUGUUUGAGUCGAUUCUGUGUGAGCGUGUCUGUAAAAUGUUCUACUGUUGACCUCAUGUAGCCGCCCGUGUUGCCUGUUACCUUGCAAAUGUAAUCACAGGAAGCCAUCACAAGCAGAGAAUAUCACACAGAGGGGGGUGUUCACUCAGAUUAGACUUUGGAGGAUUUUCUUAGUGUCUUUUAAUUUGAGGAGGGGGCUUAUUGACUCCCUAUGAGGGUUAGUUUUGUAAUGUUUUUGUGGAACUCUGAACAUUCCACGGCUGCCUAAUAGCCCUAAUACGCCACUUUUUUCUGCCACCUUAUCUCUUGAAACAAAAUCAACCUGCCAAACCGAAGUCUAUAUUGAAGGAUACAAUGACCACACAAUCUGCAUUCCAGGGAGAUCACAAAUCAUGAAUGAUCUGCCACCUUUGGUCAUUACUGAUCCAGCUGCAGAUGCCGUGAGCCUGCACCCUCACACUAAGCACUCAGACCUCUGCUAAAGGGCUGCAGAUCCAGACCACAGAAGGUCUGGCUCUGACAUUUCAGAGAGGGCCUACAGUUUAGUAGAGAUUUAGAAGCACAGGGUCUGUUUAAAAAAAAAAAAAAAAACACCUUUACAACAUAUUUACACUCUGAUCUUCAUUUUAUUCUUUUCCAUUUCUUCAUAAAGUGAUGACAGGUAACACAUCAAGGCUUCAUUCUACACUUAGAUGUGGAGUCAGUUUCACAUAAAAGAAGAAAUGUCCUGAAGAGACUCUCUAGCAUGUCUGUGGUCACUUUUUUUACUAUGAAGGCCCAUUGAUGAAGAAAAUACGUUCAUUGGUUUAUUACUGAUGUAGAGGUUUGUAUCUGUUCUGACAUGCUGAAAAAUCAUGGACUUCAAAAUGGUCCAAAGUGAAUAAUGACAGGGUGAUUUUCCUAAAACUUUUUGUGUCUUUCAUUCAUUGAUGAGGAUCUCUACCUUUAAGGCACUUGAUCACACCUAUUUACUGAACAGGCCCCCCCUCUCUUUUUGAACAAGGUGUAAGAACUGAACUCUAUGCAUCUAAUCUAUACAGAUAUAUGUAGAUGAGUCAUUUUAUGAAGCAGUCUUAUAAUGUUUACAUUGUGGAUUCUUCUUCUUCUUCUUCUUCUUCUAUCAGCACAAGUGUUUGUCUGAUAUGUUGUAAAUGCUGUCUCUAUUGUAAUGGGCCAAAUAUCACAGCUAAUAGUGGAGACCGAAGUUUGUUUGUACAGCUUUUCAGUGCGGAGAACGUAAUGUGGAGCGCAGAUUGAUUGUAACCGUUUGGCGUUGUAAAUAGCUCGGAUGUAACAAACAUGUCAGAGUACGUGAAGUGAAGUUUGCUGCUCUUUUUGUAGACUUGAAUUUUGCUCUGGGUGACUGGGCAGUCUGGGAUAAUGUGUGUGUUUGGAUGCCCAGUCUGUAUAUGUAGCUAUUACUGAGAGUUAUAGGAAGGCCGUGUACACACUGGAGAUGAACAAGAAGCAAUUGCACUAAUCUGAUGAUAAAAUGUCCUGAUUAGGAGCCUCAUGAAUACAGGGGUUGCCUCCAGUUUUAGCAUUGGCAUUAUAUAUCUUCUUAUAGACUAUACAAAUAAAAAAGUACCACUUUAAAGGAGCUAAAUCUAAACAUGUGUGUCUCUCUCUGGUGUGUAUAAGGUCUUUUAUUCUAAAGGGACAUCUGCACAGUCUUUAUACUUUACAUAAAAGGUACACAACUGUCACAUAGCUGGAAAUGCCACGAAAAAAUAAUUUUCUUUAUUGCUGUUGACAAUGAUACUUUAACGGAGGGAGUUCCUCCUCCUCCUCCUCCUUUAGAGGCUCAGUUUGCGUGUUGGUUGUGGCGGACUGGCAUGUUGAGGGCGUAUAGAAGUCAAAGAUGAGGACAAAUGUAGAAGCACAAUGAAAAGCAAGCACACAGACACACAGCGGACAGACAUGCAUGAUCCGUUCUGUCUCUCGCUGAUCAGACCACGCAGACAGACGCCUGCACAGCGCUGCUGGGUCUGUACUUCCAGAAAUGGUGCAUGACAGGAACAAUAUAACAAAAAGAAAAAAUGUAUUGUGCCAGCACGCAUAAUUAUUUGAUGUUAACUGCCAGUUGUUGUCUCCUUUAAUUUUGAUAUUUCAUUCUUGUUUUCUAUUUUUCAAAUGUUUGUGAAUAUAUAAAUAUGUAUUACUGAUGAUGUGUAGUGGUACAAAGUACUCGCAUGAGAAUUUUUUUAUACACGAGAUGUUUCUAAUUUUUUGAGUUUUUUUUUUUAUUCUGGUUGUUCUUAUUGGAGGUCGAGGUUACUGAGACCGCGGUCUCAUCGUGUUUCUGCUUCCAAUAAAAUAUGAAAAACA